GUCUUUCUCCAGACUUCGAGUGAAGAACAAGUGCUUAGUUUAUAGAGUGCCGUGUAGAUAAUCUAUCUUAUUUGAUUUUUUCCUUUCCUCUCUACAUAUAUGUAUUUGUGGACUUAAAAACCAGUACAUAGACAAAGGAAAGGAAUUACAUUAUACCUUAGAAAGAUAUCCUCUAAGACAUAACAUACCAUACCACAGAAUCGCGAAAGAGUUUUAUACCAUCGGUUUACCAUUAUACUUCUUCGUCUUCUUCUUGUUCGUGUGUUGUUUUAUUAUUUUUUAUUUGUACUUCUAUUUCUUGUUGACUUCUUUUUUCUGUCGUUCGUUCGUUCGUUGGGAAUAAAAGAAGAAAAUUGUAUUUUUAUAUAUAAAACAAGAAACAGCAAAAUAAUAAAAAAAAAUCGUGGCAAUAGAUGAAAUAGAAAAGAUACAACGCAAACGAGAAAGAAAUUCGCGAUCCGUAUUUCUGUGGCAUUUUAGCCAUGAUAAAUGUUUGUGGAUAAAAAAAUAUGAUGAAUUAUAAUUUUUGUUCAAACAAUUGAGAUUAAUUUAUUAAAAAUAAAAAAAUAUCAAAUUCGUGAUUCAAAUAGUAAAGAAAAAAUAGAUAUAUUUAUUGGAAAGAUAAAAAAUAAAAAAAAUUCAAUCGAAUUAACGUGAGAAAGUGUUUAGAAAAAAUAUCAUAUCAAUCAACACUGCCAAAUUUAUAGAAAAAAAAAAUAAAUAAACAACAACCGGAUACAAAAAUUUAAAAAUAUUUUUGUGUAUUUUAUUCGUUUCGAGAAAAAAUUAGAAACAAAAUCACACUGAAUCAUCAAAUAAGAUUUCCUGGGAGAAAUGAUAUUCAUAAUAAUAUAGCAAAAAUGAAAAUAGUUUUGCCACUAGUCACGUGGAUAGUGCUACUUUCGAGUACGGCAUAUUCACAACAAUUAUCAUAUAAAACAAAAAAUAGUCGAUUUAGAGGUGAAGUGUUUUUUCUAAAUCUAGAAGAUGGCUACUUUGGCUGCCAAGUUAAUGAGUCAACAGAUUAUUUACAAUUAUACGAAUUAUCGAAAUUAUGCGACGGAAAGCAAGAUUGUUUUCUUGGUUCCGAUGAGCUGAGUAAAGAGCUUAAAUGCACAAAUGACUGUGAUAAAGAUGGCACACAGUGCACGAAUGGUGUUUGUUUAAAUGGCGUCUGCCAUUGCAAUGACGGAUACGGAGGUUGUAAUUGCAACGUUCAAGAUGAGAACGAGUGCAAAUAUCGACCGUGUGACGUCUUUUCGCACUGCACGAACACACUCGGCAGUUUCACAUGUACCUGUUUUCCUGGCUAUCGAGGCGAUGGUCUUCAUUGCGAAGAUAUUGACGAAUGUCAAGAUCCAUCGAUAGCUGCACGUUGUGUGGAAAAUGCUGAAUGUUGUAAUUUACCAGCACAUUUCUUGUGCAAAUGUAAAGAUGGCUACGAAGGCGAUGGUGAAGUUCUAUGUUCAGAUGUCGAUGAAUGUCGAAAUCCAAAUGCAUGUGGUAAAAAUGCCAAUUGCAUUAACACACCUGGCAACUUCACGUGUGAAUGUCCCGAGGGAUUCUUGGGCAAUCCAUUCGACGGUUGUGUCGAUGUGGAUGAGUGUACAUAUCCAAAAUCAUGCGGACCUCGGUCUCUCUGUACUAACUUGGAAGGUAGUUAUCGCUGCGACUGCCCGCCAGGCUAUGAAGGUGACGGACGUUCCGAGACUGGAUGUGUUGAUGAUGAUGAAUGUGCCCGUUUGCCAUGCGGUCGCAAUGCCCAAUGUCUAAAUACUGACGGUAGUUAUAAGUGUUCCUGUCCUGAUGGAUAUCAGGGUGAUCCAGCUAUAGGCUGUGAAGACGUCGAUGAAUGCUCUAACAAUCCCUGUGGCUUGGGUGCUGAAUGCGUUAAUUAUGCUGGAGGCUUUGAGUGUCGCUGCUCUGAAGGUUACAAACUCGAGGACAAUGUGGACUGCAUUGAUGUGGAUGAGUGCGCCCGUGAAAAUUCAUGUGGGCUAAAUGCAAAGUGCAUUAAUUUCCCCGGCUCGUUUAAGUGUCUUUGCCCGACUGGAUACCGUGGUCAGGGACAUUUAUACUGUGAAAAUAUUAACGAAUGCCAGGACAAUCCAUGCGGUGAGAACGCCAUCUGCACGGAUACAAUAGGAAGCUUUGUGUGUACGUGCAAAGCAGAAUUCACUGGUGAUCCGUUUCGUGGAUGCGUGGAUAUUGAUGAAUGUGCAACAUUGGAAAAACCAUGCGGAGAUCAUGCGAUAUGUGAAAAUGCAUCACCCGGAUAUAAUUGUCGCUGCCCGCAGGGCUUCGACGGAAAACCAGAUCCAAAGAUUGCUUGCGAGCAAGUCGACGUCAACAUUCUUUGCCGAACCAAUUUUGACUGUACGAAUAACGCCGAAUGUAUUGAAAAUCAAUGCUUCUGUUUGGACGGAUUUGAGGCGAAGGGAUCGAGUUGCGUUGAUGUCGAUGAGUGUCGAGCUCAACCUGAUGCAUGUGGCCAGAGGGCCCAAUGUAUCAAUACAGUCGGUUCAUAUCGAUGCGAAUGCAAUGCUGGUUAUGUAGGACAACCACCAAAGGUAGCGUGCAAGGAACCCUGUGAGGAUGUACGCUGUGGCGAUCAUGCUUAUUGCAAGCCCGAUGGCUCAGAAGCCUAUUGUAUAUGCGAAGAAGGCUGGACCUUCAAUCCUCAAGACAUCUCUGCUGGUUGCGUAGAUAUUGAUGAAUGUGAUCCAGCAAUCGGACCAUCUGGACGUUGUGGAACAAACGCUACAUGUUCAAAUUCCCCAGGUGCUUUUAGCUGUUCAUGCCCACCAGGAUUUUCGGGAGAUCCGAACACCAAGUGCGUCGAUGUUGACGAGUGUGCUCGAGGAAACACAUGCGGAAUAGGAGCUCUUUGUUUGAAUGUUGAAGGCGGAUACACUUGCAAGUGUCCAGAAGGAUCAAUUGCUGAUCCCGAUGCUACUGUUCGUUGUGUGAAUAUAGUCGCUUGUAAGUCCAAUGAUGAUUGCCCAGGAAAUGGUGUGUGCGAUGAUGAACAGAGAUGUUUGUGCCCAGAGCCAAAUGUAGGCAACAACUGCAGGCAUCCUUGUGAAGCUUUAAAUUGCGGAGCUCAUGCGCAUUGCAUGUUGGUUAAUGGAAACGCCCAAUGCCUUUGCGCCGAGGGUUACACUGGAGCACCAAAUACACCAGGAGGCUGCAAUGACAUCGAUGAGUGCAAAGGAAACCCUUGUCAAUCGGGAGCUGUAUGCACAAACACAGCUGGAGGAUACCUAUGCCAGUGUCCUGGAGGAUCGACUGGUGAUCCAUACCGUGAUGGGUGCAAAAUCACUGAAGUUCCUCUUAGCUGUUCAGAUUCCAACCCUUGCUCCCCUGGGGAGAGUUGUGUACUAGAUAGUUACACUGGAAACGGUGUUUGUAUUUGCCGUCAAGGUUAUGAGAGAGAUUCUCAGACUGGCCAAUGCCGAGAUGUAGAUGAGUGCUCACCAUUAAGAAGUAAGCCUGCUUGCGGAGUCAAUGCCAUUUGCAAAAAUUUACCAGGAAGCUAUGAAUGUCGCUGCCCGCAGGGCUUCAAUGGCAAUCCAUUCCAGGUGUGCGACGAAUGUCACACUCCUGAGUGUCAAUGUCAAGCUCCAUACAAACUGGUUGGUAAUAGUUGUGUAUUGUCUGGUUGUUCAAAUGGCGAGAAAUGUCCCAAGGGUUCAGAGUGUAUAAGCAUUGCAGGAGGCGUGAGCUAUUGUGCCUGUCCAAAAGGUUUUAGAACUCUUGGCGAUGGAACUUGUAUUGAUGUCAAUGAAUGCACUGAACGCCAGCACAUUUGCGCCUAUGGUGCUGAAUGCAUCAACAAUGAAGGAAGUUAUGCGUGUAUAUGUCCUGAGGGCUAUCAAGGUGAUCCCUACAAUGGACUUUGUUCUCCGGCUCAAAGAAAAUGUUCAGCCGAUAGAGAAUGCGGGAAUAAUGAGAAAUGUGUGCAACCAGGAGAGUGCGUUUGUCCACCUCCGUUCUUUUUGGAUCCAUCAGACGAGAAUAAAUGCAAGAGUCCAUGUGAACGCUUCCCGUGUGGAAUCAAUGCCAAGUGCACACCAACAGAUCCACCGCAGUGUAUGUGCGAAGUUGGAUACAAGGGUGAUCCAUUACAGGGCUGUGUGGACGAGGACGAAUGUGCCAAGACUCCAUGUGCUUAUGGAGCUUACUGUGUAAACAAAAAGGGAGGCUAUCAGUGUGUCUGCCCCAAGGGCCUGACCGGAGAUCCCUACAAGAGUGGUUGCAUUCUCGAAGAAGGUUCAGUGAAGAUUACUUGUAAUGUCAAUGAAGACUGUGCCGACAAUUUGGCCUGUGACCAUGGAAGCUGUGUAAGUCCAUGCACCAGUUUACUCUGUGGCUCAAAUGCAUUCUGUGAACCAGAAAAACAUGCGGGAUGGUGUCGGUGUCGUGUGGGAUACUUGGAAGGUCCCAAUGGAGAGUGUAUAUCCCAAUGCAAGGGAAUCAUAUGUGGUGAAGGAGCCCAGUGCAUACCCACCUCAGAGGGACCAACAUGUAAGUGCCCUCAGGGCUACCUUGGAAACCCAUUCCCAGGAGGAAAUUGCUACACUGAUCAAUGCUCAGCCAACAGGCCAUGUAGUGACCCACAGGUCUGCAUUAAUGGAAGAUGCAAAGAGCGCUGCGAGAAAGUGGUGUGUGGAAUCGGAGCCAUAUGUGACAAAUCGACAGGAAAAUGUGUCUGCGAAGCUAAUUUCGUUGGAAACCCCGACCUUGUCUGCAUGCCUCCAGUGUCUUACGCCAAGUGCGAACCAGAUUGUGGAGAAAAUGCUCAUUGUGAAUAUGGAUAUGGAGCCAGCUACUGUGCUUGUAAUCCCGGAACUACUGGAAAUCCCUACGAAGGGUGUGGAGCACAGAAAAAGACCACAUGCGGCCCAGACAGUUGUGGUUCCAAUGCCGAAUGCCACUCUGAUGGAGCUCGUAUUGUUUGUGAAUGUCCACCAGGCUAUACCGGAAAUGGAUAUAUUGGCUGCCAUGACGUUGAUGAGUGCUUAAACAAACCUUGCGGACAAAAUGCAGUUUGCCUUAAUUCACCUGGAAGUUUCGACUGUUUGUGCAUGUCUGGCUUCGCUGGAGAUCCAUUUAGCAGUUGCCAACCUGUUGACGCAACCUUCUGCUCGCAGCCUUCGGGGUGCAAAUGUGGACCAAAUGUGGAAUGUCCUGAUGGUUUUAGCUGUGACCAAGGAAAAUGUAAGGAUCUAUGUGCCCAGGCAGCUUGCGGUCCAAGAGCCGCCUGCAAUGAAGGCCAAUGUCUAUGUCCACUCGGUUAUCAAGGAGAUCCCUAUGACAGAGAAAACGGAUGCACAAUUCGUGGACAAUGUAACAACGACGCCGAUUGCAAACAGUCGGAGAUCUGUUUCCAACUUGGACGAGGUCUCCGUAAGUGCGUUGAUGCAUGCAGCAAAAUUCAAUGCGGGCCAAACGCCUUAUGUGUUUCUGACGAUCAUAGAUCGACCUGUAUAUGUUCUGAUGGUUACUUCGGAAACCCAAGUAAUCUUCAGUCCGGAUGUCAACCGGAAAGAAGUAUUCCACCAAACGAAGACAAUGAUCUUUGCAAAACAGAUCAAGACUGCGAAAAAGGAUUUAUCUGUAAUACAGAGCCCACAGGUAAAAUGUCCUGCGUUCAUCUUUGCUCGACGGUCAUAUGUGGAACAAAUGAACUAUGUCAAAUUGAUGGAAAUGGUCAUCCUGUGUGUAGCUGUCGAGAUAGUUUCACUUGGAAUCCAGUUUCAUCAUCAUGUGAAAAACCAUCGAUUCCAGACUGUACAAACGACUCUGACUGUCACGGAGAAGCCGCUUGCAGACAGGACGUUCUGGGAGUGCUUAAGUGUGUUUCAAUAUGCUCUGAAUUCACAUGUCCUGCCAACUCCAUUUGUGUAGCUCGUGAACAUCAAGGCAGAUGUGAAUGCUUACAAGGAUUCGUUGGAAAUCCAAACGACCGCAACGGAUGUCAACCUGUACAAAAGAACCAAUGUCGAACGAACGCUGAAUGUUCAGAGUCCGAGGCUUGUGUAAGAACAGGACCAUCAGAAAAUUUGUCGUGCAAACCUGCCUGCGACAGUGUACAGUGUGGACCGAAAGCUAUUUGUAUAACCAACAAUCAUUUGGCUCAAUGUCAAUGCCCACCAGGGCCAUUUGCAGGUGAUCCAUACGAUCCUUAUCAGGGUUGUCGAAGCGUUCCAUGCGUUUAUAACAUCGACUGUCCGACAACACAGCUCUGCAACCGCUUGACACACACCUGCUACGAUGUAUGCGAUGAAGAAUCAUGCGGAGAAAAUGCCAUUUGUAUUGCUGACGAUCAUCGUGCAAUUUGUCAAUGCCCACCUGGAUACAAGGGAAACCCACUGCCAGAAGUGGAAUGUGUUUCAGUAGGUGGAUGCUCGCCCGGAACAUGUCAUCCAACAGCCAUAUGUGAAGUGUCUCCUAGUGGACCAGUGUGCCGUUGUCCGGCCAACUUCGUAGGUGAACCCACAAAAACAGGUUGUCGUCCAGAGGGACAAUGUCCCAACGGAGACGCAGACUGUCCAGCUAAUUCAAUGUGUUCCGGUGGACGAUGUGUUGAUCCAUGUGAUAAUGCUUGUGGAGUCAAUUCAGACUGCAAGGUCGUCAACCGUAAAGCCAUUUGUACAUGUCCUGUUAAAUUCCAACCCAUCGGAGAAUCGGCCAAAGAUGGUUGCACAAGAUCUGUUUCCAAGUGUCAAAGUGACAUCGAUUGUGGUGGAGCAGUGUGUUACAAUGGCCAAUGCCGUGUUGCUUGUCGCAACUCUAACGAUUGUUCAGUGGGAGAAAAAUGUCUCCAAAGUACCUGUGUAGUACCAUGUCUAGAUCACAGCCAAUGUGCCAGUGGGCUUGCUUGUCUCGAUGGAAUUUGCUCAAUUGGAUGUCGAUCCAACAAAGACUGUGGCAACGAAAAAUCAUGCAUCAACAACAAAUGCGCCAAUCCUUGCCAAACAGGAGGAGUCUGUGGACCGAAUGCUCUGUGCAACAUGCACGACCAUCGAAGCUCAUGCAAAUGCCCAGAAGGAUUCGAGGGCAAUCCAACACCAGAUCAGGGAUGCGUCCGAGUACCUUCCCAAUGUCAAGCAACCAAUCAAUGUCCCACCGGUCAUAUGUGCAUCGCCAACCAGUGUAAUCUGCCAUGUCAAAAAACUUCGAAUUGCGCGAUUGGUGAGCGUUGCUACAACAAUAUCUGUACCAAGGUGUGUUACACCAGCAACAACUGCUUGCCCGGCGAAAUUUGUAACAACGAUGGCACCUGCCAGCCAGGCUGUGAUUCCGAUGCAGAUUGUCCACCAACCGAGCUUUGCCUUAGCGGAAAAUGCAAGUGCGCUACAGGAUUUAUCGGAACACCAUUCGGAUGUGCUGAUAUUGAUGAAUGCACAGAUGGACCUUGCCACAAAACAUCUCGUUGUGAAAACCUUCCGGGAUCAUACCGAUGUGUGUGCCCAGAUGGUACAGUUGGAGAUGGAUACAGCAGAGAAGGAUGUGCCAAGCCUAAAGAAUGUUAUAAGAACGCUGAUUGUGCCGAGAACUUAGUCUGUGUCAAUGAUAAAUGUGCUGACCCAUGUUUGACAGUAACUUGUGGUCCAAAAGCAGUUUGUCACAGUAGCCAGCAAAUAGGAAACUGCGAGUGUCCAGUUGGACAUCUUGGAGACCCAUAUGACACUUCUGUAGGGUGUUUCAAGGUAGAAUGUGUGAGCAGUGAUGAUUGUGCGCAAGAUAAGAGCUGUGAUGCUGAAACAAAUCGCUGUGUAAAUCCUUGCGAUAUAACUGACUGUGGCAAGGGAACUUGCCGAGUGCUAGAACAUCAGGCCUCAUGCUCAUGCCAUGAUGGAUACCAACUGCUUAACGCAGGCUCAACCUGUGAAGAUAUCAACGAGUGUCUAACAAAUCCCUGCCAUCAUACUGCCUUUUGUCAAAACCUGCCAGGCAGCUUUAGCUGUUCUUGUCCUGAGGGACUUAUUGGCGAUCCUAUUCAUACAGGCUGUCGAGAUCCAAACGAAUGCCUCACCGAUGCUGAUUGCCCCAAUUCAGCUAGCUGUCAAAACCAACGUUGCAAAAAUCCCUGCGAAAGAACUGAUGCAUGUGGAAAGAAUGCCAACUGCAUUGCACGUGCUCAUGCUGCCGUAUGUUCUUGUGGACCAAACACUCGUGGAGAUCCUAGUGUCGAAUGUGUUCAAAUUGAGUGUUCAGAGAACGAAGACUGCUCCAACGAAAAGACCUGCCUAGACGCCAAGUGUGUAGACCCAUGUUCACUACCAAAUGCAUGUGGCCUCCAAGCUCGUUGCGUUGCUCAAAACCACGUCGGUCUUUGCACCUGCGACAUUGGAAAAACAGGAAACCCACAACUUGGAUGUGUUCCAUUGCAAUAUUGUAGUGCGGAUUCACAAUGUCCAUCGGGAACUAUUUGCAACAAUGGACUUUGCAACUCACUGUGUACCACCAACCGAGACUGUAUUUCGGAUCAGUUGUGUAUUCAGGGAGUCUGUCAACCAACCUGCAAAUCCAACUCUAGCUGCCCUGAAUUCCAGUUCUGCAACAACAACAUUUGCACAAAGGAAGUUCUUUGUCGCACAGACGAAGACUGUGCCAUUAAUGAAAACUGUGUAUUGGACAGCUUCGGAAGGGCUAACUGUCAAGAUGUCUGUAUUGGCCGUGCUAUUUGUGGUCGCAAUGCUGAGUGUUCAGCUCGAUCACACAAUGCUGAUUGUGAAUGCAAGGAAGGAUUCUUCGGAGAUCCAAAAUCAGGUUGCAGGAAGAUCGAAUGCAGUUCUGACAAUGAUUGCUCAAAUGACAAAACUUGUGACAACCACAUGUGUAAGAUUGCUUGCUUGAUUGGACAACCUUGUGGAGAUAACGCCCUCUGUACGACAGAGAACCACAAACAAGUCUGUCACUGUCAACCAGGUUUCACCGGAGACCCAACAGUACGUUGUGACGUCGUUGAUUAUUGUAAAGAUGCCCCAUGUGGACCCGGAGCUAGGUGUCGUAAUUCUAGGGGUUCGUUCAAAUGUACCUGUCCAAUCGGACUUGUCGGUGACCCUUACAAUGAAGGCUGUCGCACAGCCGUCGAAUGUCAAACCAACGAAGAUUGCCCACCAGCUGCCGAAUGUGGAACUCUCAAUGGAGUUCCUAAAUGUCGUGAUGUCUGUGAAAAUUCCAGAUGUGGUCCCAACGCCGAAUGUGUACCUAAGGGCCACAUUGCAAACUGUCUCUGUCGCAAUGGCUAUGAUGGCCUACCAUCUGAUCUUGCUGUAGGUUGUCAACCCUUGCCAACACCCUGUCAAGUAACCAGUGACUGUCCAGCAAAUACCUAUUGCUCGGAGAGCAUCUGCAAACCUGCCUGUAUUUUGGAUACCGAAUGUGGAUCAACAGAGAUCUGUCAAGGUGGACAGUGUUUGAAUCCAUGCGAUCAACCACAAGCUUGUGGAAUGAAUGCUCAAUGUCAAAUGGGAAUUCAUUUGAAGCAGUGUUCAUGUCCAGCAGGUUUUACCGGAAAUCCAGAUGUGGAAUGUGUGAGAAUUCCAGUUGCUUGUACAACUGACCAAGAAUGUGGACCGAGCUUCACAUGCAGGGAUUCAAUGUGCCUGCCAUCAUGUGUGGCUGAUCAAGAUUGUGCCCUGAAUGAAAAAUGCCUUAAAGGAAACUGUAUGCUGACAUGCCGUGUGGACAACGAUUGCUUCUUGGGACAUGUUUGCUUGCACAAUAAAUGCAUUUUUGGAUGUCACGUCGAUGAUGAUUGCAGUGCUUCAGAAUCUUGCCGAGCAGACAAAUGCGUCAAUCCCUGCCAUGAAAAUCCAUGCGGUCCAAAUGCCGCUUGCACAGUUUCAAACCAUCGAGCAUCGUGUACUUGUCUCGAGGGAAUGGUACCAAAUCCAACACCAAAGGUUGGUUGCGUCCGAACACCAGCUGUUGGAUGCACAGAAAACAGAGAUUGUGCUGUUGGUUUGGCCUGCUUUGAGUCACUAUGCCGACCAUUCUGUGCUGAUGAUGGUAGCUGUUUGGCAAAUGAACGUUGUACGAAUGGAGUUUGUAAGCCACUUUGCCGACGCGAUGACGAUUGUCGCAAUAGUGAAGUUUGUUUGGGACAAAUGUGCGUUGCUGGGUGUCGAUCUGAUCAGGGAUGUCCUGAUAAUUUGGUUUGCGUUGGACAACAAUGUGUCAAUCCAUGUGACAAUCCAACUGCCUGUGGAACUAACGCCGAGUGCUCAGUGGAAAAUCACAAGAAACUCUGUACUUGUCCUAACGAUCUUGUCGGUAAUGCAGAUGUUGCUUGCAAGACACCCGAGAACUCCUGUACGACCAAUAGCAAUUGUCCACCAACACAUCUGUGUCUAGGUGGAACAUGCCAGAAAAAAUGCCGCAACGACCAGAACUGCCUCAGCGAUCAGCGAUGCAUGCGUGGAACUUGUCGAAAUGUGUGCAACACAGAUUCGGCUUGUUCAUUGGGACAGAUUUGUGAGAACCGUGUUUGUCAAAUUGGUUGCCGUAAUGACCUUACCUGCCCCAGCGAUCAGUCGUGUGUUAAUAAAAAGUGUACGAAUCCAUGUGAGACAAGCGGACAAUGUGGCCACUGCGCUAAUUGUCUGGUGGCCAAUCAUGGAGUCCAGUGUAGCUGUCCAAAUGGAUUUACCGGUGAUGGUCUUACUGGUUGCCUCAUGCCACCACAACGCUGCAAUCCGGGAUGUGAAUGCGAUGAAUCGAAUACAUACUGCGCUCCAACAUGUAUCCGCAACGACGACUGUCCUUGCGGACAAAUGUGCUCGAGAGGUAGAUGUCGCCAAAAGUGUGGUCCCGGAAAACCAUGUCCACUUGGUCAAUUAUGCGAGCGUGGGUCAUGCUUGGCCGGAUGCAAGGUCAACAACGAUUGCGCCACAGACCAAGUGUGCUCAAAGAACCAAUGCGUCAAUCCAUGCACCAAACCUGGAGCUUGUGGAGAGAAUGCCCUAUGCACAGUUUCAGAUCAUCAUGUUCUCUGCUACUGCCCCGACGGUUAUGAGGGAGAACCAAGCAAGAAAUGUGUUCAGUUCGAAUGUCAUGACGAUGAAGAUUGCGAAUCGAACAAGCGAUGCGAUGAUGGAAAAUGCCGCAAUCCAUGUUUGGAAUAUGGAGCUUGUGGAAUCAAUGCCCAGUGUAGAGUUGUUAACCGUAGGCCGCAAUGCUCAUGUCCACCCGACUUCUUUGGCAAUCCAGAAACCGAAUGUCAAUCGCUGACCGGAGUUGGAUGUGCAACAAACCCUUGUGGAGAGAACUCAAAGUGCAGGGAUGUUCCCGGAGGUUUUGAGUGCUCUUGCAUGGAUGGUUGCAUGGGAGAUGCAACAAAGGGAUGCGUUUGUGGAGAGACACAAGUCAAUGUUUGCCACGAUCAACCUUGCGGUCUGAAUGCCGCAUGCCGUGUUGCAGAUCACAACGAACCACAGUGUUACUGCCCAGAAGAAUAUCCCAAUGGAGAUGCCUAUGUUCAAUGUUACCUUACACCACCAAAAGAAGACUGCCGUACCAAUGGUUGCAAUGUUGGUGAAUGUGUCCGUCAAGGAUACGAUUACAUCUGCAAACAAGACACCGAACAAUGCCAGUCUGACAAGGAUUGUCCGAGCGAGAAAGCAUGCUUACAAGGACAUUGCAACGAUCCGUGUGCAAUGCGUGGUGCUUGCGGCGCCAACGCACUCUGCAAAACCGUUCUCCAUCGACCGCGUUGUUCCUGUCCGAAUUGCUUUAUUGGUCGACCGGAAGUCGAAUGCAAGCCAGAUCCUAAGUGCAUCGAUGUAUCCACACCAACGCCAAGAGAUCCAACUCUCCAAGUGGCGUGUUCCAAUGAUCAAGAAUGCCCUGAAAACCUUCAGUGUAGCCCAUUCGGUCAAUGUACCGAUCCAUGUCAAAGUCCGUCGUUCUCGUGUGAGGGCAACAAGAAAUGUGAAACACGCCGUCACAGGCCCGUUUGUGUUUGCAAAUCGGGCUUCAUUGUCAACGAAUAUGGAGAGUUGACGUGUGCCCCAGAAAAGCGUGAAUGCUAUCGCGACGAUGAUUGUGCCUCAAACAUGGCGUGUACCGAAGGAAAAUGCCGGAAUCCAUGCAUAGUUCCGGUUGGCCGCCAAGCGGUUUGUGCCGAAAACAAAUCAUGUCAGGUACAAGACCAUAAGCCAGUAUGCAUAUGCAUGAAGGACUGUCAACCAUCGAUAUCGAUUUGUUUGCGUGAUACUGGUUGCCCAACGGGAUUGGCUUGUAGAAAUUAUCAAUGUGUCAAUCCGUGUGACUUUGCACAGUGCGCCGCCAAUUCACCAUGCAUUGUGGAGGAUCAUAAACCAAUCUGUAAAUUCUGCCCACCUGGAUUUAUUGCGGACGCCCGGAAUGGAUGUCAAAAAGAAAUCGGUUGCACUUCAAGCAAUGAAUGCCCUUCGCAAAGAGCUUGCGUCAAUGCAUUGUGCGUGGAUCCCUGCUCGUAUGCAAAUCCGUGCGCAAAAGAUCAAGAAUGUCAAGUUAAACAACACCAUCCUGUUUGUGUCAAAGUAUGUGAAUGUCAACGAAAUUCGGACUGUCGAGGUGACGCACAAUGCGAUGGAUGUCAUUGUUUACAACCACGCGAAUCAGGUUGUGAACAUUGCCCAUAUGGAACUACAUGCGAUCCAACAACUGGUGCUUGCAUCAAAGCAAAUAUAACAACCACUACCACUUCUACUACCAAUUUAACUGAAGUAACAAGUACUACUGCCACUGAUACUACCACCAUAACCUAUGACACUACCCUUAAAACGGUUCUUAUCGAUAAAACUAACCUAACUCCUGAGUCAACAACACCAACAAUGUCACCGACAACGACAAGUAUCGGCUAUUCCGAAGAUCACACAAUUUCAUCUACGAUCCUGUCGGUAGAUGAGGAACCUUCAACAACGCUAAGUCCAAUCACUACAACAAAACCAUCAACAACAUUAAAAACCAAAACUCCAACUACCACCGGUACAGUUCGAUUUGAAGAUACAACGACAGAAAUGUCAAGUACUGAGUAUCCACAAAUAAGUUCACUGACCACAACAGAGGGAGCUAUAACGACGAUUAAAAAUGUGACAACUACGACGACGGGUGUUCCAACAGAAUCAGAUGUGGAUAGUAGCACGAAGACUGGGCCUACUAAGACCUAUCGCAUUGGUGAGAAUAACAUAACUGGCACUGUUUACACUACCACCGAGAGUAGUUUUGACCGAUCUAGCUCAACGUUAUCUACCGAAUCAACAAGAGGAGAAGAUGAUUUGACAGGAACUGUAAGUAGUUCCACUGUCACAGUAGAUUCCACAACACAGGAAAAGAAGGAUACUACUACAACUGAAAAAUUUGUUGAAACAACAACACUGCCAGUUGAUUCAACAACUGUAAGCAAAGUCAAAACCACAUUGUCACCAACAACAAGUUCAACAACAGAAAUUGAAACAACUAUUGUGGAAGAAAGAACUGAGACAUCACCUCCUGUUGUUUUCACAUCACAACCAGCAACUGUUACUACUAGCUCAGGUUCCACAUCACCAAUAACAGAACCCACAACUGUCACUUCUGAUGACAGAGCAACAACAACAACACAAACUCUAUCAUCAGUCUCUGGUCAAACUGUUUUCGUAGAAAAUACAAAACGACCAUCAACUCGUGGUGAUACUUCACUUGAAGUUGACUUUGAUAACUUCACCACAAUAGUCUUUCAGAAUCUCACCACAACAGAAAAAUACGAUACAACUUUGCCGGUGAUAGUUGACGAUACCACGCCCCUUAGCAAAACUACACUUGGCGAGGGCAUAGACAUUGUCACAACAUCACCAGCUAAACCAUUCACAGGUGGAGAGACACGAUCAACUGGUGGUAUUGAAGACACCGAAUCACCAACAGUACCAACAUUUUACCCCAUUUCUACAACUACAUCAUCAACAGAAGAUAAUUUAACACCAACAACAAUUGUUGUUGAUGAUGGUUUGAUUGGAAAGAGUGCUAAAUGUGUCAACAAUUCAAAUUGUGGAACUAAGGAACUCUGCGUAGCGGGUCGUUGUCGUGUCAAGUGUCAAGAUUCGCAAACUGAUGAUGAUAAUAUUGAUUGUGUUACAGAAUCGCCUGGCAAUGCAAAAAGACGCGAACAAUGUCAAUCGAAUAACGAUUGUAUUGAUACCGAGGCAUGUUAUAUGGGUUUAUGUCAAAAUCCUUGUGAAUUUGCUGAAGUUUGUGCACCAACUGCCAAGUGUGUUGCAAAAAUGCAUCGACCCAUAUGUUCGAGCCCUAAGGAACAUGAAGGAAAUCCAACAAUCAAAUGUACACCAAUGGGAUCAAUUGAAUGCACCCGCAACGAAGAUUGUGGCAUCACGGAGGCAUGCAUCGGCGAGAAAUGCCAACAUCCUUGUGAUGUGCAUAAUCCUUGUGCCUUUAAUGCGAUCUGUAUAAACACAAAUCAUGGCUCCGAUUGCAGUUGUGAAGAUGGCUACCAGGGUAACGGUUUCAUUGGAUGUCAACCAGCUCAAGACGUGAAGUCGGUUUGUCAGUACAAUGAAGAUUGUCCACCGGAUAAGCUUUGCGAUCGAUUGAAUCGUAGAUGCGUCAAUCCAUGCAUGGAGGACUCUUGCGGAGAGAACGCCGAAUGUAUUCCAGCGAACCAUGGAAUCGAGUGUCACUGCUUUAGUGGAUUCGUUGGAAACGCCUAUGUGGAGUGUCAAAGAGUUCAAGGCUGCCGAUCAGAUUCCGAGUGCGACUCGAAUGAAGCUUGCGUAAAUGGAAAAUGUUCAUCGCCUUGCAGAUGUGGUUUGAACGCCCUCUGUGAUGUUGUCAAUCAUCAAGGAGUAUGUAAAUGUCCACCAGGAUACGGCGGAAAUCCAGAAAUAAGCUGCAAUCCUCCGACCAAUCCAUGCGAACCAAAUCCAUGUGGAGUAAAUGCCUUAUGUGAGCUUGACCGAGGUAGCCCAAUCUGUUUCUGUCCUAAGGGUUUGACCGGAAAUCCUUUCAAGAAUUGCAUUCCUGAAGGUGAUGAAUGUUCACCAAACCCAUGUGGACCAAACAGUGGAUGUCGUGUUGUAUCGAACUCGCCAAUUUGUUUCUGCUUACCCGAAUACGAAGGUCAACCACCAAACGUGCCAUGUGAAUUACCUACCAAUCCAUGUGAUCCAUCACCUUGUGGGCCAAAUACGCAGUGUACGAUUCUGAGUAACGGAUUCUCGAAGUGCACAUGUCUACCGAACUACGUCGAAAGUCCAAAUACCAUCCGCGGAUGUGUAGCGCCAGUCAAUCCAUGCGAUCCAAAUCCAUGUGGACAAGGGGCAGUCUGUGACUCCGGACGUGAUCCGGUUUGCUUCUGUCCAGACAACAAGGUUGGAAAUCCGUUCAAACUUUGUCAAGAACCAGCUGUGACCGUUGAAUUAUGCCGCCCUGGACCGUGUGGAAGGAAUGCUGAUUGUUAUAUCGUUGGAAAUAGGGAGCAAUGCUAUUGUAGUCCGGGAUACGUUGGUGAUCCAUACGGGGGAUGUCGCGAGCCACCUCGAAGUGCUUGUGAGCCAAAUCCAUGCGGACCAAAUGCCUUAUGUUCGACGCAAGGGCCCAAUGAACGAGUUUGUAGCUGUCCUCAAGGCUUAGUAGGAGAUCCAACAAGUCCAGAAGGAUGUCAACGAUAUGAAUGCCAAGUUGAUAGCGAUUGUGCCAACGAUAAGGCUUGUAUGGGCUUCAAAUGCUACGACCCAUGUCCUGGGGCUUGUGGUGUACAAGCCAAUUGCCGUGUGGAAGAACAUCAUCCAGUUUGCACAUGCAAUCCAGGUUUGACUGGAAAUCCAGGAAUACGUUGCUUCAGCAUGGAUUCACCAAAGACAUCGAGUAAGAAUCCAUGCCAGCCCAGCCCAUGUGGACUUAAUACAGAGUGCAAGGUAAUGAACAAUCGUGCUGUUUGCUCAUGCCUGCCGGAAUAUCUCGGAGAUCCACAGAGUGGAUGUCGACCAGAAUGUGUAAUCAAUUCAGAUUGUGGACCAACAAAUGCUUGUAUUAACAGAAAGUGCGUAGACCCAUGUGCGGCAAGUGUAUGUGGAAUUAACGCUUUGUGUAAGGUCAUCCAGCACACACCAACUUGUGCAUGUAUCGACGGUUAUGUUGGAGAUUCGUUCUUGCAAUGUAUUCCAGUCUACAAGAAUGUGACUCGGGAUCCUUGCAAUCCAUCGCCAUGCGGACCAAGUGACAUCUGUUCGGUCUAUGGAGAUGGAGUUGCAUUAUGUGACCCAUGUUUCGGACCAGACGCUAUUCACAACCCACGUUGUCGCCCAGAAUGUUUAUCAAACUCAGAUUGUCCAUUUGAUAGGGCUUGUGUGAAUCAAAACUGCUUGGAUCCAUGUCCAGGAUCUUGUGGUCAUAACGCAGUCUGCUACGUCUAUGAACACAGGCCAGUUUGUUCCUGCCCACAGGGUCUUUUCGGAAACCCCUACGAGCACUGCUCAGCCCCAUCACCAGUUCAUCCAACAAAGGAGGAAACCUGCAACACCGUUAGAUGUGGUGCCAACGCCGAUUGUAAACGAGGCAAAGGAGGUUUAGUUUGUGUUUGUAAGAAGGGAUACUUUGGCGAUGCCCUUGUUGGCUGCCGCCCUGAGUGUGUUCUUAACUCCGACUGUUCUAUGGAUAAAUCAUGUGUCAACACUCGUUGUGUAGACUCCUGCGUUGGAGUUUGUGGACUUCAUGCAGACUGCCAUGUUGUAAACCAUUCUCCGGUGUGUAUUUGCCAAGAAGGUUAUGCCGGUGAUGCUUUUACUGCUUGCCAUCCAUUCUACCUGCCACCAGCUGAUAAAAAGACUCCUGGAAAUCCUUGUGAACCAUCACCUUGUGGACCAAACAGCCGUUGCUUUACCACACCAGAAGGCUAUGCAGCCUGUUCGUGUCUACCAGGAUACAGAGGGGCACCACCAGUUUGCCAGGCAGAAUGUGUUGUUAGCUCGGAAUGUGCUCUCAACAAGGCCUGCAUCAAUCAAAAGUGUACUGAUCCAUGUCCGGGAACUUGUGGAAUUGGAGCUCGUUGUGAAGUCCUAAAUCACAACCCAGUUUGCGGCUGUGAACCAGGCUUUGAAGGCGAUCCAUUUGUAUCAUGUUCACGAAUUCCAGCCCCAACUGAUGUCGGACCAACGAAGCGUCCCACAAAUCCAUGUUUGCCAUCACCUUGCGGACCAAAUUCAAUCUGUCAAGUGAAACAAGGUCGUCCAGUUUGCUCAUGUGUUGCUAACUACGUUGGAAGCCCACCAUACUGCCGACCAGAAUGCUCACUUAACAGCGAAUGUCCUUUGGACAAGGCUUGUAUUCAAGAGAAAUGUCAAAAUCCAUGCGAAAACUCAUGUGGACUUAAUGCUCGCUGUACCGUGAUUUCACACUCCGCUCAUUGCAGUUGUGACGAAGGUUAUGAAGGUGAUGCAUUUGUAGGUUGUUCACCAAUUCCAGAAAAACCACGAGACCGAGUUGACCCAUGUUAUCCAAAUCCAUGCGCCGAAAACGCAGUUUGCUCAGAUCGUAACGGAGCACAUCGCUGUACAUGUAUCGAUCCAUACAUUGGAGAUCCCUACACAACGGGAUGUCGCCCAGAAUGUGUUUAUAGCUCGGAAUGCCCAUCGUCUUUGGCCUGUAUCAAACAACAUUGUCGCGAUCCUUGUGUGGGCAAUUGUGGAACCAACGCCGAGUGCUCGGUGGUGAACCAUGUGCCAACAUGUAGCUGCCAACGCGGUUAUGAAGGUGAUCCAUUCACUGGUUGCAAACGUGAACCUACUCACAUUGGGCCAAGAAGUCCAUGUGAACCAUCACCAUGUGGACCAAACAGUUUGUGCCGUGUCAUUGAUGGUCGUCCAACGUGCUCAUGUCAAGUGGGUUACUUCGGAUCACCACCAUCAUGCCGACCAGAAUGUGUUGUUAGUUCCGAAUGUAAUCAGAACCUGGCUUGUAUCAAUCAGAAAUGUGUCGAUCCAUGCGCUGGAACUUGUGGAUUCAAUGCCAAGUGCCAGGUUGUUAACCACAAUCCAAUUUGUUCUUGUCCAACUGAUUUCAUUGGAGAUCCAUUCGAACAAUGUGAUCCAAAACCUUUGCAACCAACACCUACAGUUAAUCCCUGCAUUCCAAGCCCUUGUGGCCCGAACGCAGAAUGCCGUGAAAUGGAUAGUCGUGCAGUCUGCACAUGUUCGACUGGUAUGUUCGGUGCUCCACCAAACUGCCGUCCGGAAUGUGUCAUCCAUCAAGACUGCCCAUCGAACCGAGCUUGCAUCCGCCAACGCUGCGAAGAUCCAUGUAUUGGAGCUUGUGGCUUCAAUGCCGUAUGCAGUUCUCAAAACCACAAACCCAUCUGCUCCUGCAUUGAGGGUCACGAAGGUGAUCCUUAUGCUGGUUGCAACAUGCGUCAAGUGGUGCCAGAUUUUGUAGAUCCUUGUCAUCCAUCACCGUGCGGAUCAAACGCUAUUUGUAAAGAACGAAACGGUGCUGGUUCAUGUACUUGCAUGCAAAAUUACUUUGGUGAUCCGUAUUUGAACUGUCGUCCAGAAUGUGUUCAAAAUUCCGAUUGUCCUCGAACCAAGUCCUGUGCAAAUAUGAAAUGUGUGGAUCCGUGUGUAGAUCUGUGUGGCAUUAACUCAGAAUGUCGCGUGAAUAAUCAUCUCCCGGUGUGCAGUUGUGCACCAGGUUAUACUGGAAAUCCCUUAAGAAUCUGCCAUUUGAUCCCUGAAACUAAAGCUAUUGAACCGAUCAGAAACCCAUGUAGACCCUCGCCCUGUGGGCUGUAUAGCACAUGUCAGGUUAAUGCCAAUAGGCCGGUCUGUUCUUGUCUUCCCGAUUACAUUGGUAGUCCGCCAAAUUGCCGACCUGAGUGUGUUAUCAGCUCAGAGUGUGCGUCGGACAAGGCGUGCAUCAAUCAACGUUGCAGGGACCCAUGCCCAGGAACUUGUGGCAACAAUGCUAGAUGUAGGGUUACGAAUCACUCGCCAAUAUGUACUUGUGCUAGGGGUUACACAGGUGAUCCGUUCACACUGUGCGUCGCCGUGCGAAUUCCACCAAUAGCAAGAGAACCAACGAAGCCAACUAAUCCCUGCGUUCCAUCCCCAUGCGGGUCGAAUUCCCAAUGUAGAGUAGCGAACACUGGAGCUGUGUGCUCAUGUAUAGCUAAUUACGUCGGUAGACCACCGAAUUGCCGACCAGAAUGUACCAUCAAUUCGGAAUGUCCCUCACACUUAGCUUGCAUGAAUACCCGAUGCUCUGAUCCAUGCCUCGGUUCUUGUGGAUCGAACGCUGUAUGUUCUGUUCGAUCACAUGUUCCGAUCUGCAUGUGUAAUCAAGGCUAUACGGGUGAUCCGUUCUCAGGCUGCUUCCGCGAAAUACCACAACUCCCUGAAUCAGUCACGCCCUGCACUCCGUCUCCAUGUGGCGUAAAUGCCGUCUGUCAAGAACGAAACCGAGCUGCAUCAUGUAAAUGCAUUCCCGAAUACUUCGGCGACCCUUAUGUAGAAUGUAGGCCAGAGUGCGUCAUCAAUACGGACUGUGUUAAGUCAAAGGCUUGUGUAAACAACAAAUGCAUUGAUCCAUGUCCUGGAAUGUGUGGAUACAACGCCGAAUGCAGUGUAGUAAAUCAUUCACCGCACUGCGACUGUCUACCGGGAUAUACUGGAAAUCCAAUUAGUGGAUGUCAUCUGAUUCCCCAAGACCCUAUCGUUCCACUUGUCCAGACGAACCCUUGUCAGCCCAGCCCAUGUGGAUUGUAUAGUAACUGCCGUGCUGUCAAUGGUCAUGCGGUGUGCUCGUGCAUAGCGUCUUAUAUUGGCGCUCCGCCUAACUGCAGGCCAGAGUGUAUGUCCAGUUCCGAAUGUGCUCAGGACCGAUCUUGCAUUAAUCAACAUUGCAAAGAUCCAUGUCCGGGCACAUGCGGCCUGAACGCCAAGUGUAGAACUGUCAAUCAUAAUCCGAUAUGUACUUGCAUGCCAGGAUUCACUGGUGACCCGUUCCUGCGAUGUAUAUACGAAGAAAAGAAAAUCAUUGCCUAUCCUAAGGAUGUGAAUCCGUGUGUGCCAAGCCCGUGCGGGCCAAACUCACAAUGUCGGGUGGUUGGUCAAAAUGAACAUGCUAUAUGCUCAUGCUUGCCGAAUUAUAUUGGACGUGCCCCUAAUUGUCGACCCGAGUGUACAUCGAAUUCCGAAUGUCCCGGCAAUCGAGCUUGCAUCAAUCAAAGAUGUCAAGAUCCUUGUGUCGGGUCAUGCGGUUCGUUUACCACUUGUACUGUAAAUAAACAUAGACCUGUUUGCCGGUGUAUCGAUCACUAUUCAGGUGAUCCAUUCGCUGGUUGUAGUCCAAUAAUUGAAAUUCCACCGGAAAAGGCUGAACCUUGCAACCCAUCACCAUGUGGAGCUAAUGCCGUCUGUAAGGAACGCAAUGGAGCUGGUUCAUGUACUUGCUUACCGGAUUACACUGGUGAUCCGUACAGCGAGUGUCGACCAGAGUGCGUAUUGAAUUCUGAUUGUGCCAAGAAUCGAGCAUGUGUAAACAACAAAUGUCGCGAUCCAUGCCCUGGAGUUUGUGGAGUAGCCGCUGAAUGUCAUGUCAUCAAUCAUGCUCCAAGUUGUAGCUGUCCAUCAGGAUUUACUGGAAACCCAUCUGAAUAUUGUCGAGAAAUUCAAAUCCAAAAAACACCCAUCGAACCUUGCCGACCAUCGCCAUGUGGACCCUACAGUAAUUGUCGCGAAGUGAACGGACAUGCGGUCUGUUCAUGCCUUCAAAAUCAUAUAGGUUCGCCACCAGCUUGUCGUCCGGAGUGUUCAGUUAGUUCUGAGUGCUCCCAAGACAAGGCCUGUUUGAAUUUGCGCUGCGUUGACCCAUGUCCGGGAACUUGUGGCCAACAAGCUCUCUGUAAGGUCACCAACCACAACCCUAUUUGUUCUUGCCCAGCAAGUUUCACUGGUGAUCCAUUUAUACGCUGCAUUAAAGAAGAACUUGAACCAUCGCCAACUGUUCGCCAAGGAAACCCUUGUGUUCCCAGCCCUUGUGGGCCAAAUUCACAAUGUCGGGAAGUACGAGAGACUCCGGUCUGUUCGUGUCUUCCCAACUUUAUUGGUCGUGCACCAAAUUGCCGCCCUGAGUGUACCAUUAAUUCUGAAUGCCCAGCUAAUCUUGCUUGUGUCAAUGAUCGCUGCAAGGAUCCUUGUCCUGGAUCGUGUGGCUUUAAUGCUUUUUGUAACGUUGUCAACCAUUCACCGGUCUGCUCAUGUAAAUCUGGCUUCAGUGGGGAUCCAUUCUCCGGAUGUAAUCCAACACCCAUUGAAAUACCCAACGAAAACAUCAGCCCUUGUAAUCCAUCGCCGUGUGGGCCAAACGCUCAGUGUAAGGAACGAAACGGAGCCGGUUCGUGUACAUGCCUUGAUGAAUACUUUGGUGAUCCAUACAGUGGAUGCCGUCCUGAAUGUGUCACAAACAGUGACUGUCCUAGGGACAAGUCCUGCAACAGCAACAAAUGCGUCGAUCCCUGUCCCGGAGUGUGUGGACGUAACGCCGAGUGUCACGUUGUUAAUCAUGCCCCCAACUGCGCGUGUCUUCCAGGAUAUACUGGAAACGCACUCAGUGCGUGCCAUGAAAUUCAACAAGCUCCUCUAGAACCAAAAACGCAAGUAAACCCAUGCGUUCCAUCACCAUGUGGACCAUAUAGUCAAUGCCGCGAAACCAACGGUCAUGCUGUCUGUUCUUGUCAGAAUAACUUUAUCGGAUCACCACCGAACUGCCGACCAGAGUGUGUUGUCAGUUCGGAGUGUCCACAGGACAAGUCGUGUGAGAAUCAAAAAUGUAUUGAUCCAUGCCCCGGUACUUGUGGCCCUGAGGCACGCUGCCAGGUUAUCAAUCAUUAUGCUGCAUGCUCCUGUCCUCCGGGCUACACCGGAGAUCCCUUCAAUAGAUGUGAAAAGAUUUUGUUCAAACCUGUUAUCCCAACUGGUAAUCCUUGUGUGCCGUCUCCAUGUGGUCCCAACUCGAAGUGUAUCGAAGUUGGUGACUCACCUGCAUGUUCCUGUCUAUCCAAUUAUAUUGGGCGUCCGCCAAAUUGCCGGCCCGAAUGCAUUAGUAGUUCGGAAUGUCCAGCCAAUUUGGCGUGCAUCAAUCAGAAAUGUAGUGAUCCAUGUGCGGGAGCUUGUGGUAUACACACUUUGUGUAAUGUCAUUAAGCAUAAUGCUCAAUGUCAAUGUGAAAGUGGGUAUACCGGUGAUCCAUUCUCAGGAUGUUCCUUCAUUGAAAGAAUUCAACCAACAGAUGAGCCAAGGAAUCCAUGUAAUCCAUCACCUUGUGGGGCUAAUGCUGUUUGUCGGGAACGAAACGGAGUUGGAUCAUGCUCAUGCUUACCAGAAUACUCUGGAGACCCGUACAGCGGAUGUCGACCAGAAUGUGUUCAGAAUUCAGACUGCGAUCGAACAAGGGCAUGCAUCAACAACAAAUGCCAAGAUCCAUGUCCAGGAGUUUGUGGCUUGAAUGCCGAAUGUAGGGUCUUGAACCACGCUCCAAAUUGUUUGUGUAUUGAAGGUUUUACCGGAGAUGCUCAUAGUGCUUGUAGUGUUAUUGAAACCGUCACCGAGGCUCCUACAAACCCAUGUCAUCCAUCACCAUGUGGAUCGUAUAGUCAAUGCCAUGAGAUAAAUGGACACGCUGUAUGCUCGUGCAACGAAGGAUAUGUUGGAGCUCCACCAAACUGCAAGCCAGAGUGUGUUGUUAGUUCCGAAUGUCCACAAAAUCGCGCCUGCAUCAAUACAAAAUGUAGUGAUCCAUGCCCAGGAACUUGUGGAUCGAGUGCAAGAUGUCAAGUCGUCAACCAUAACCCAAUAUGCACAUGUCCACCAGGACUUACAGGAGAUCCAUUUGUGUCGUGCGUAGAACAGAGCAUUACUGAUUUCCGUGAUUCAGAAAAUCCAUGUGUUCCAUCCCCAUGCGGACCGAACUCAUUGUGUCGGGAAAUUGGAAAUCAAGCUGCAUGCUCAUGUCAAGCCAACUAUGUCGGUCGCCCACCAAAUUGUCGACCAGAAUGUACCAAUAAUGACGAAUGCCAGAACAACUUAGCCUGUCAAAAUGAGAGAUGUCUUGAUCCUUGCCCUGGAUCAUGUGGAAAUAAUGCAGUUUGCAAGGUUGUUCAACACAACCCCGUUUGCACGUGCUCAGAUGGUUUUGAAGGAGAUGCGUUACUGGGAUGUACUCAGAUUAUACGAGCAAUCUCCACAGAAGCACCAAGUACUCCAUGCGACCCAUCACCAUGUGGACCACACGCUGAAUGUCGUGAACGAAAUGGUGCUGGAGCUUGUUACUGUCACGAAGGAUUUGAAGGCAAUGCAUACGAUACCGAACGUGGAUGUCGCCGAGAAUGCGAGGUCAACGAUGACUGCCAGAUUAUGCAAGCUUGCGUGCGUUUCAAGUGCGUUGAUCCAUGUGAUAACAUCUGUGGUGAUCGUGCUAUUUGCGGAGUUGAAAACCACGUUCCAACUUGUACAUGUCCUCCUGGACUUACGGGAGAUCCAUUCUUCCAGUGUAAGGAAAUUCCAGUGGUUGUAGCUGUAGAAAAUCCAUGCGUUCCAUCACCAUGUGGACCUAACAGUAUAUGUCGAAGCAUAAACAACCAAGCUGUUUGCUCGUGCCAGAGUGGAUUCGUCGAUCAGCCACCAAACUGCAAACCAGAAUGUGUUGUCAGCUCGGAAUGUUCUCCAGAACGAGCUUGCGUUAAUAACAAAUGCGUUGAUCCAUGCCCGCACACAUGCGGUAUUGGAGCUUUGUGCACAACCAAGAACCACAGCCCGAUUUGUACGUGCCCAAGAGGUCAAACAGGAGAUCCGUUUGUGCAGUGCACUAAAAUUCCAAUAAUCGUUGAUCCUGAGCCAACAGAACGACCACCAUCUUGUGUUCCAUCACCAUGUGGACCGAACUCCAAAUGUCAAGUAGUUGGCGGAAGCCCGGCUUGCUCAUGCUUGCCAGACUUCAUUGGAAGUCCACCAAGCUGCCGACCUGAAUGUGUUCUCAACUCAGAGUGUGGCCCAACAGAAGCAUGCAUCAACCAGAAAUGCCGUGAUCCAUGUCCAGGAUCGUGUGGUUUCGAGGCUAGAUGCCAUGUUCUUAACCACGUACCAAUUUGUAAUUGUAUUGAUGGCUAUACUGGAGAUCCAUUUGUCCGUUGCAACAUCUUACCACCUUCGACUAUGAAACCACUCACAGCAGAUCCAUGUAAUCCAUCACCAUGUGGACCAAACGCUGAUUGCUUUAAUGGAGAAUGCCGUUGUCAAGAUAACUAUCAAGGAAAUCCUUACGAUGGAUGUCGUCCAGAAUGUACACUAAGUGCUGAUUGUCCCAGAGAUAAGGCUUGUUUGCGCAACAAGUGCGUUGAUCCUUGUCCAGGAACUUGUGGAAUAAAUGCACGAUGUGAAGUCAUUACUCACAUACCAGUUUGUUCAUGUGUUGAUGGCUAUGAAGGAGAUCCGUUCACAAGCUGUCGACAGAAAGCACCAGUGGAAACAACCCGUACACUUCCUUGCUCCCCAUCUCCAUGUGGAGCUAACAGUCAAUGCCGAGAUAUCAACGAUCAUGCUGUUUGUUCAUGCCUUGAUGGCUAUAUUGGAGCACCACCACAAUGCCGACCAGAAUGCGUCAUCAACAGCGAAUGUUCGGCAACUCAAGCUUGCGUCAACAAAAAAUGUAUUGAUCCAUGCAGCGGUUCAUGUGGCAUCGAUGCUCGAUGUGAAGUCAUCAAUCACAGUCCAAUUUGUGGAUGUCCACCAGGAAAGACUGGAGAUCCAUUCAAACGUUGCACAGAUAUACCAGUUACACCAAUAGAAAAAACUUCUGAUGUACCACAAGACCCUUGUGUUCCAUCUCCUUGCGGACCAAACUCAGUUUGUAGAGCUGGAUCAAGUGGACCUUCCUGUCAAUGUUUGCCAGAGUUCUUCGGAUCACCGCCAAACUGCCGACCGGAAUGUAUUAUCAAUCCAGACUGCUCAUCAACACAGGCUUGCAUCAACAACAAAUGCCGUGAUCCAUGUCCAGGUUCCUGUGGAACGAAUGCUGAAUGUCGCGUCAUUAGCCACACUGUUUCAUGCUCAUGUCCAAUUGGUUUCGGAGGUAAUGCGUUCGUUCAGUGCAUCCAGCAGGAUGUUGAAGAAAUCAAACCAUGUGAACCAUCACCAUGCGGACAAAAUGCCGAAUGUAUCGAACGCAACGGAGCUGCUUCCUGCAAAUGUAUCGAUGAAUAUCAAGGCGAUCCAUAUGAAGGUUGCCGACCAGAAUGUGUGCUCAGUUCAGACUGUCCAACCGAUAAGGCUUGCAUCCGGAACAAAUGUAAGGAUCCAUGCCCAGGUGUUUGUGGCCAAAAUGCCGAAUGUUACUCGGUUAAUCAUCUGCCAAACUGUGUUUGUAUCACUGGUUACUCAGGCGAUCCAUUUACACAAUGUCACAGAGAAGUAGUACCAACUGUUCCAACCGUUUCAAACCCAUGCAGUCCAUCACCAUGCGGUCCAAACAGCAAGUGUCGUGAGGCAAAUGGUGUGGCAGUAUGUUCAUGCCUAGAUGCAUACAUAGGAGCACCUCCAAAUUGUAAACCAGAAUGUACCGUCAAUGCAGAAUGUCCUCAAAACAAAGCAUGCCAUAAAUUUAAAUGCGCCAAUCCAUGUGCUGGAACAUGUGGCAUUGAAGCCAAGUGCGAGGUCAUCAAUCACAAUCCUAUUUGCAGUUGUCCAUUGGAUAUGACAGGUGAUCCGUUCACAAGAUGUCAUCCAACUCCUGUUACCAAAAUGGAUAAACCAUCACGUCCAUUAAAUCCAUGUGUGCCAAAUCCUUGCGGCCUGUACUCUGAAUGCAGAUCCAAUGGAGAAACACCGUCAUGUUCAUGCUUACCAGCUUACAUAGGUUCACCGCCAAAUUGUCGACCGGAGUGUAUUGUCAACACCGACUGCGGUCCUGAUAUGGCGUGUAUCGCAGAAAAAUGUAGAAAUCCAUGUGAAGGUUCCUGCGGAAUCAACUCAGAAUGCCGCAUUCAGAACCACAUUCCAAUUUGCACUUGUAGACCAAGAUUUACCGGAGAUCCGUUUAGUCAGUGUGUGGAGAUCAUUGAAGAGCCAGAACCAACCAGGCCAACUGAUCCAUGCGACCUGCAACCUUGCGGAGCAAACGCUGACUGCGAUGGCGGAGUUUGUACAUGCCUUCCCGACUAUUUCGGAGAUCCAUACGUCGGAUGCCGUCCUGAGUGUACCCUCAGCACGGACUGCUCACCAAAUAAGGCUUGUAUCAACAGACACUGUAUCGAUCCAUGCCCCGGCACCUGUGGCGAACAGGCUCAAUGCGAUGUUUCCAAUCAUAUACCAAUAUGCAGCUGUCCUAAGGGUUACACUGGUGAUCCAUUCAUUCGUUGUCGCCCUGAAGUAAAGGAUACUAGACCCACUGAUCCAUGCAAUCCAUCACCAUGUGGUCCUAACAGCAUUUGCCAUUCGACCGUAUCUGGAGCAGUUUGUGCUUGUCAAGCUGGAAUGCUUGGCUCUCCACCAGCAUGCAAACCUGAAUGUCUUACAAGCUCUGAGUGCUCUCUGCAAACAGCCUGCCUCAAUAAGAAAUGUGUCGAUCCAUGUCCAGGAGCUUGUGGACAAUAUGCCAAGUGUCAAGUUAUCAACCACAAUCCAGUCUGUAGCUGUAACGCUGGAUUUACGGGAGAUCCGUUCACAAGAUGCUUCGAGCAACCGAUCGAAAGAACACCAAUCGAUCCUUGCCAACCAACACCAUGCGGACCAAACUCAGACUGCAAGGUUAUAAACGAUAGCCCAGCUUGCUCUUGUUUGGAAACAUUCAUUGGCACACCACCAAAUUGCCGACCAGAAUGUACCAUCAAUCCAGAAUGUCCAUCAACCAAGGCUUGUAUUCGACAAAAAUGUGACGAUCCAUGUCCAGGAUCAUGCGGUUACAAUGCUCGCUGCUCAGUUGCCAACCAUAUGCCAAUAUGUUCGUGUGAAAAUGGCUUUACCGGCGAUCCAUUCACCGGCUGUCAACAAGUUCAAGAAAUCAGUUACGAAAACGUGACCCCAUGUGAGCCGAAUCCCUGCGGAUCGAAUGCCGUCUGCCGUGAACAAAACGGAAUCGGAUCAUGCCAAUGUCUGCCCGAACACUUUGGUGAUCCAUAUCAAAGCUGUCGCCCUGAGUGUAUUCUGAACUCUGACUGCCCCUCGAAUAGGGCCUGCACGCAAAAUAAGUGCAGGGACCCAUGUCCAGGAACAUGCGGAGCUAACGCCGAAUGUCAAGUGGUAAACCACGUACCGUCUUGUAGUUGUCGUAUUGGAUAUUCCGGUGAUCCUUACAGAUAUUGUAACGUUAUUCCUGAAAAACCUGUUCGCUUGCAAGUACCAACGAAUCCGUGCCAACCAUCACCGUGUGGACCGAAUAGCCAGUGUCGCGAACUUAACGGCCAAGCUGUGUGCUCUUGUCUCGAGGAUUACAUAGGUUUGCCGCCAUCUUGUCGGCCAGAAUGUGUUCUAAGCACAGAAUGCCCAAUUGAUAAGGCUUGCAUUCAACAAAAGUGCAAGAAUCCAUGCGAGGGAACUUGUGGCUUGAACUCGGAGUGUCGAGUUCGAAAUCACAGUCCUCUUUGCUCAUGUCGUCGUGGAUACACGGGAGAUGCCUUUACCAGGUGUUUCCCCAUUCCUCCCCCACCACCAUCGCCACCUGUGGUAAGAUACGAAGCAGAUCCAUGUUCUCCCUCACCAUGUGGACCGAAUUCUCAAUGCCGUAACCAAAAUAACAGAGCUUCUUGUUCUUGUUUGGCCACUUACAUCGGGGCACCGCCAAACUGCCGCCCUGAAUGUACAAUCAGUGCUGAAUGUGCUAGUGACAAGGCAUGCAUUCGUGAAAAAUGCAUUGAUCCAUGUCCAGGGUCGUGCGGUUUUGGUGCCGAUUGUAGUGUAGUCAAUCAUACUCCGAUUUGUGUCUGCCCUGUUGGGUACACUGGUGAUCCGUUCACCAGUUGUUCUCCAGCACCAACUCCACCUGCUAUACGGGAAAGAAUUGAUCCUUGCGAUCCAUCGCCAUGUGGAGCUAAUGCGGAAUGCUCAGGAGGAAUAUGCCACUGUUUGCCAGAAUAUCAUGGAGAUCCUUACAACGGAUGUCGUCCUGAAUGUGUGCUUAACUCGGAUUGUUCGAGAGACAAAGCAUGCGUUCGAAGCAAGUGCAUAAAUCCUUGCCCGGGAACUUGUGGAACGAACGCCAUUUGUGAAGUCAUCAACCAUAUUCCGAUGUGUAGAUGUCCCGAAGGAACAGCUGGAAGUGCAUUCGUUCGAUGCAGUGCCGUCACAAGACCUUUACCAACGAACCCUUGUCAACCAAGCCCUUGUGGCCAGAACAGUCAAUGCCGGGUAGUAAACCAACAGGCUGUCUGUUCUUGCCUCAAGAAUUACAUCGGAAGUCCACCCUUGUGUCGCCCUGAGUGUACAUCAAACUCAGAAUGUCCACCGACUGAAGCAUGCCUUAAUCAAAGGUGCCGAGACCCAUGUCCUGGUACAUGUGGAAUCGGUGCUAGCUGUGUUGUGGUUAACCACUCGCCAUUUUGUAGCUGUCCUGAAAGAUUCAAUGGCAAUCCGUUUGUUCGAUGCCAGCCUAUAAUUGAUGAACCAGUUCGUGAUGUCGUCGACCCAUGUCGCCCAUCUCCGUGUGGACCUUACUCUCAAUGUAAGGCCAUUGGAGAAGCACCAUCUUGUUCGUGUCUUGAGAAUUAUAUUGGACGUCCUCCAACAUGUCGACCAGAAUGUGUUACGAGCUCGGAGUGUCCGAGCAAUCUUGCUUGCAUCAAUCAGAAGUGUAGAGAUCCUUGUCCAGGACGUUGUGGAGUGAACGCAGAAUGUCGCGUUGUUAGCCAUGCGAUCAUGUGCAUUUGUAUACCUGGUUAUAUUGGAGAUCCGUUCAUUCAAUGCGAUGUUCCCAAAGUAGCCCAGAUAGAACAUAUUGAUCCAUGUCAUCCAAACCCGUGCGGUUCCAAUGCCGAAUGUAAACAAAGAAACGGAGCUGCAUCAUGCCAAUGUUUCGCGGACUACUUUGGUAAUCCCUACGAAAGUUGCCGUCCAGAAUGCGUACAGAACUCUGAUUGUCCAUCGAAUAAGGCUUGCAUGCAAAAUAAAUGCUUCGACCCUUGUCCAGGCACUUGUGGCCUCAACGCUGAUUGCCAAGUUAUGAAUCACGUGCCAUCAUGCAACUGCAUCACAGGAUACACUGGGGAUCCUUACCGAUUCUGCAACCAGCCAUCUCAACCUUUGAUCAAGGAAUAUGUGAACCCGUGCCAGCCAACACCAUGUGGUCCCAACAGUCAGUGUCGCGAAGUAAACGGUCAAGCUGUUUGCUCUUGUCGUCCUGAAUAUGUUGGAUCACCGCCAUCAUGUCGACCGGAGUGUACUAUAAGUUCAGAAUGUGAUGCCACUAAAGCCUGUAUCAAUCAAAAGUGCAAGAAUCCUUGUGAAGAUAGGCCAUGUGGAAAUAAUGCGGAGUGUCGCGUUCGUAAUCACAGUCCUAUUUGCACUUGUAGAUCAGGCUUUACAGGAGAUGCAUUUACACGGUGCUUCCCCAUUCCACCACCUGCUCCUGAGAUCCUGAAGGAAGAAAUCCGCGAUCCUUGCCUGCCAUCGCCAUGUGGUCCCAAUGCUCAGUGUCGAAAUGUCAAUGGAGUCCCAUCGUGCUCAUGUCUCGCUACUUACAUUGGAGCUCCACCAAAUUGUAGGCCUGAAUGUACCAUCAAUGCGGAAUGUCCAAGUGAUCGAGCUUGUAUUCGAGAAAAAUGUGUCGAUCCUUGUCCAGGAUCGUGUGGAUUGAAUACUUUCUGUAGAGUGAUCAACCACACACCAUCAUGUGCUUGUAUUGAAGGAUUCAUAGGCAAUCCGUUCACAAACUGCCAUCCAAAGCCACCAGCACCAACUUCGCCACCUGUACUCGACGAUCCAUGUAAUCCAUCACCCUGCGGCGCAAAUGCCAUUUGCAAUAAUGGGCGAUGCACCUGCAUACCCGAAUAUCAAGGUGAUCCUUACACAGAGUGUCGUCCAGAAUGUGUUCUCAACGCUGAGUGCCCACUAAAUCGAGCUUGUCUGCAAAACAAAUGCAAAGAUCCUUGUCCUGGAACUUGCGGAACUAACGCCCUUUGUGAAGUUAACAAUCAUAUUCCAAUGUGCAGGUGUCCCGAAGGAAUGUCGGGCAACGCCUUCUUCGAGUGUAGACCAGUUCCAAAACCAAUUGCUAGUAACCCAUGUCAGCCAUCUCCGUGUGGUCCAAACAGUCAAUGCCGAGUUGUUCAAGAAACAGCAGUUUGCUCCUGCAUUCCCGAAUACAUCGGAAGUCCACCUCAAUGUAGACCCGAAUGUACGACAAACUCUGAAUGCUCACUUAAUCAAGCUUGCCAAAAUAUGAAGUGCCGUGAUCCAUGUCCCGGUACUUGCGGAUUUAAUGCUAAGUGCAACGUUGUUAAUCAUAAUCCAUUCUGUAGCUGCCCCGAUGGUUUCUCUGGAAACCCAUUCGUUCGUUGUGAACGGAUAAUAAUACCAGUAAGAGAAGUUAAGCCUGUCAAUCCUUGUAUACCAACACCAUGUGGACCUAACUCGGAAUGCCGUGUUUCGGGUGACAGUCCAUCUUGCUCUUGUUUACCUUCUUUCAUUGGUUCUCCACCGUCUUGCCGGCCAGAGUGUGUAUCCAAUUCAGAAUGUCCCACAAAUUUGGCAUGCAUCAACCAGAAAUGCGUUGAUCCAUGUCCAGGGCUCUGUGGAAAUAAUGCCGAGUGUCGUGUUGUUUCUCAUACAGCCAUGUGUAUUUGUGCUGCAGGCUUUACUGGAGACCCAUUCAGCCAGUGCAAUGAGAUUCAAAUUAGGGAUGAGCCAUUAAACCCAUGUAAUCCAAGUCCGUGUGGAACCAAUGCAAAGUGUGAAGAACGUGGCGGAGCAGGAUCGUGUCAAUGCUUGCCCGAGUACUUUGGUAAUCCCUAUGAAGGUUGCCGACCCGAAUGCAUUCUCAACUCAGAUUGUCCAUCGGACCGAGCUUGUCUUCAAAACAAAUGCAGAGAUCCAUGUCCAGGAACUUGUGGACAAAAUGCGGAGUGUCAAGUAAUCAACCAUGUUGCUUCAUGCAACUGCUUCUCUGGAUACACUGGCGAUCCUUAUCGCCUUUGCAAUAUCGAGAAAGAACCCCUCAAAGAGUACGUCAAUCCAUGUCAACCAUCACCUUGCGGACCAAAUAGUCAAUGCCGUGAGAUCAACAGCCAGGCCGUUUGCUCUUGUCUUCCAGAAUACAUUGGAAGUCCACCAGCUUGUAGACCUGAGUGUACAGCUAGUUCAGAAUGUCCUGCUGAUAAGGCGUGUGUCAACAGAAAGUGCGUCGAUCCAUGUCCAGGAACAUGCGGCCAGAACGCCGAAUGCCGUGUACGAAACCACAGCCCGAUUUGUUCAUGCCGAAGUGGCUUCACCGGUGAUCCAUUCCAACGUUGCUUUAAUAUUCCUCCUCCUCCACCUCCGGUAAGAGAUGUCUAUCGUAACCCAUGUGUACCAUCACCAUGUGGUCCGAAUUCGCAAUGUCGAGAAAUCAAUGGUUCACCUUCUUGCUCCUGUUUGUUAAGUUUCAUUGGUUCCCCACCUAAUUGUCGUCCAGAGUGUUCCAUUAGUUCGGAAUGCCCUACGAACCAGGCUUGCAUCAAUGAGAAAUGUCGCGAUCCUUGUCCAGGCUCAUGUGGAGUGAAUGCUAAUUGUAAUGUUGUUAAUCACACUCCAAUUUGUACUUGCUUCGAAGGUUAUAUUGGUGAUCCGUUCACGAUAUGCAACCCUAAACCUCCUCCUGUGGAACCUGAAGUAUUUGAAGAAGAUCCUUGCAACCCAUCACCAUGUGGACCAAACGCAAUCUGUAACAACGGUCAAUGCACGUGCAUAGCGGAAUAUCACGGAGAUCCGUACACAGGUUGUCGACCAGAAUGCGUUUUACACACCGAUUGUCCAAGAGACCGGGCCUGUAUAAAACAUACCUGUGUUGACCCCUGUCCAGGAACAUGCGGCCACAACGCCAUUUGUGAAGUCAUGAAUCACAUUCCAAACUGUAAAUGUCCCGACGGCAUGCAAGGCAAUGCCUUCAUUAGUUGUUCACCUAGUCCAAAACUUGAAAUCACAAAUCCUUGCCAACCUUCACCAUGUGGUGCGAAUAGCAGAUGUCAAGAAAUCAAUCAGCAAGCUGUUUGUUCGUGUCUGGAACAGUUCGUUGGAAGUCCACCGUUCUGUCGUCCCGAAUGUACUACCAACUCCGAGUGUUCUCUUAGUCAGGCUUGUCUAAACCAGAAAUGCACAGAUCCGUGCCCGGGUACCUGUGGCGCCAAUGCCAAAUGCAAGGUCGUCAAUCACAUUCCAUUCUGCCAGUGUCCCGAAAGGUUCUCUGGCAAUCCGUUCAUCAGUUGUCAGCGUAUAAUUGAACCACCACGCGAUGUACCUAAAGCACCUUGCACACCGUCUCCAUGUGGACCAUACUCGGAUUGCCGAGUUGUUGGUGAAUCACCAGCAUGCACUUGCAUUGCCAAUUACAUUGGAUCUCCACCAAAUUGUCGACCGGAAUGUCUCACAAGCUCAGAAUGCCCAAGCAAUCAAGCUUGCAUAAGUCAAAAAUGCAAAGACCCAUGUCCAGGUUUGUGUGGAUCUGGAGCUGAAUGUCACGUACUUAGUCAUACACCAAGUUGCCUUUGUCCAACUGGAUUCCAAGGGGAUCCAUUCGUUCAAUGUGUGGCAGUAAGGAUUACGCAGCUGGAUCAAGUUGAUCCAUGUCAACCAAGUCCAUGUGGAUCAAACGCUGAGUGUAUAAGAAAGAAUGAAGCCGGAGCAUGCCAGUGUCUGCCAGAAUAUUUCGGAAACCCCUAUGAAGGAUGUCGUCCAGAAUGUAUACUUAACUCGGAUUGCUCGUCAAACAAAGCAUGUCUUCAGAAUAAAUGUAGAGACCCAUGUCCCGGAACCUGUGGACAAAAUGCAAUUUGUAACGUUGUCAAUCAUAUUCCUUCAUGUGUUUGUAUUACUGGAUAUUCUGGUGAUCCAUACAGAUUCUGUCAGCUGGAACGCGAACCCAUCAAAGAGUAUGUUAAUCCAUGUCAGCCUACUCCUUGCGGACCCAACAGCAAAUGCCGGGAAAUCAACUCCCAAGCUGUCUGUUCUUGUCUACCAAACUUUGUGGGUAGUCCACCAGUAUGUAGGCCUGAGUGCACGAUAAGUUCAGAGUGCCCCACAGACCGUGCUUGUAUCAACCAGAAGUGUCAAGACCCAUGUCCCGGUACAUGUGGAAAUAAUGCUAUCUGUAGGGUUAACAACCAUAGUCCUAUAUGUAGUUGCAAGUCUGGAUACACGGGUGACGCUUUCACAAGAUGUUUCCCCAUACCUCCGGCUCCGCCUGUCAUAGUUCAAAGAGAACCUCAAGACCCUUGCGUACCUUCUCCUUGCGGACCUCAUGCACAGUGCCGUACUAUCAACCAAUCUCCUUCGUGUUCAUGCCAUCCAAACUACAUUGGUGCUCCACCAAAUUGCCGCCCAGAAUGUUUGAUAAACGCAGAGUGCCCAAGUAACCAAGUUUGUAUUAAUGAAAAAUGCCGCGAUCCUUGUCCAGGAUCAUGUGGAAAUGGUGCAGUUUGUAAUGUAAUUAAUCAUACACCAAGUUGCACAUGUCCCGCCGGAUACACUGGUGAUCCAUUCACCUUCUGUCGACCAGAACCUCCGCCAGCACCACCUGUUCUUGAUGAUCCAUGUAACCCAUCACCUUGUGCUGCAAACGCAGUUUGCAACAACGGACAAUGUACAUGCAUAGCUGAAUAUCAUGGGGAUCCCUAUGCUGGAUGCCGUCCAGAAUGUGUUCUUAACAGCGAUUGUGCUCGUGACAGAGCUUGUAUCCGCAGUAAAUGCGUUGAUCCUUGCCCUGGAACGUGCGGUACAAACGCGAUAUGUGAUGUCAUCAAUCAUAUACCGAUGUGCAGGUGCCCUGAAGGAAUGGCUGGAAAUGCAUUCGUGCAAUGCUCCCCAGUUCCACCUCCAAUUAUCCAAAACCCUUGCAAACCGUCACCAUGCGGUCCAAAUAGUCAAUGUCGGGAAGUCAACAACCAAGCAGUUUGUUCUUGUGUGCAAGGAUUCAUUGGCAGUCCACCAACGUGUAGACCAGAGUGCACAGCCAACCAAGAAUGUCCUUCCAGUUUAGCUUGCGUUAAUCAAAAAUGUCGGGAUCCAUGUCCAGGAUCAUGCGGCCGUAAUGCCAAGUGUUCUGUAGUGAAUCACAAUCCGUUCUGUACCUGUCUUCCACACUUUACGGGCAAUCCGUUUGUGGCUUGUCAAGAAAUUAUUGAACGUCCUGCAGAUCCUACUCCAACCGAUCCAUGCAGACCAUCGCCAUGUGGCCCCAAUUCUGAAUGUCGAAGUAUUGGAGAAGCUCCGUCAUGUACCUGCCUCGAAGGCUUCUUCGGAAGCCCACCAUAUUGCAAACCAGAAUGUGUUUCCAACUCAGAGUGUACAAGUAACCUCGCUUGUAUAAAUCAACGUUGUAAGGAUCCAUGUCCAGGAGUUUGUGGAUUAAAUGCAGAAUGCCGAGUCGUCAGUCAUACGCCGAUAUGCGUUUGUAGCCCUGGUUUUUCAGGUGAUCCAUUCAGCCACUGUGAUGUCGUGAGACAACUUGCUCCGGAAUACGUAAACCCUUGCAAUCCAAGCCCAUGUGGACCCAACGCAAAUUGCAUUGAGCGCAACGGCGCUGGAGCUUGCCAGUGCUUGCCCGAAUACUUUGGAAAUCCUUACGAAGGUUGCCGUCCUGAAUGUGUUCGCAACUCCGAUUGUCCGACAAAUAAGGCUUGCGUGCAGCAAAAAUGCAAAGACCCUUGUCCUGGAACGUGUGGACAGAAUGCUGAAUGUAAUGUUGUCAACCAUUUGCCAACAUGUAACUGUUUCGUUGGAUAUACAGGAGACCCUUACCGCUAUUGUAAUAUUCCUGCUGAACCAAUAAGCCAUGAAUACGUCAACCCAUGCCAACCUUCUCCUUGCGGUCCAAACAGCCAGUGCCGCGAGGUAAACCAACAAGGAGUUUGUUCGUGUCUUCCAGAGUUCAUAGGAACUCCUCCAUCAUGUAGACCAGAAUGUACCUCGAGCUCUGAAUGUGACGCCGAUAAGGCUUGCAUCAACCGAAAGUGUGUCGAUCCAUGCCCUGGAACCUGUGGACAGAAUGCUGAAUGUAGAGUUAGAAACCACAGUCCAAUCUGUUCCUGCAGAAAUGGUUACACCGGAGAUGCCUUUGUUAGAUGCUCGCCAAUACCACCACCGUCACCUCCACGAGAUAUCGAGGUUUAUCGCGAUCCUUGUGUACCUAGUCCUUGCGGUCCAAAUUCUCAGUGUCGAAACACUAAUAAUGUUCCUUCCUGCUCUUGCCUACCCGAUUUUAUUGGUGCCCCACCAAGUUGUCGCCCAGAAUGUACCAUUAAUUCGGAAUGUGUCAGUAACAAAGCUUGCAUUCGCCAGCAUUGUAUCGACCCAUGUCCCGGAUCGUGUGGCUUUGCUGCCACAUGUAACGUCAUCAAUCAUACACCAAGUUGUACGUGUCCAGUUGGAUACACAGGAGAUCCGUUCGUAAGCUGUCAACCCUAUCAAGCACCUCCACCUCUUCGAAUAGAAGAACGUGACCCUUGCAACCCUAGCCCUUGUGGCUCAAAUGCCGUAUGCCAGAACGGUCAAUGCUCCUGCAUUGCUGAAUACCAAGGAAAUCCUUUAGUUGGUUGCCGCCCUGAAUGUGUUUUGAAUUCGGAUUGUUCGCGCGAUCGUGCUUGUAUUAGAAGCAAGUGCCUAGACCCAUGUCCAGGAACUUGUGGUGCUAAUGCUAUAUGCGAAGUGCACAACCACAUUCCGAUGUGUCACUGCCCCGAAGGAAUGACAGGCAAUGCUUUUAGUCAGUGCAUUCCAGCCGAAGUUGAACUUUUUAUCAACCCUUGUCAACCAUCUCCGUGUGGACCUAACAGCCAGUGCCGUCAGGUCAACAUUCAAGCAGUAUGCUCGUGUCUUCCAACAUUUGUUGGAAGCCCACCAACAUGCCGCCCAGAAUGUACCACCAACUCUGAAUGUGCACAAAAUCAAGCCUGUCAAAAUCAGAAGUGUCAAGACCCUUGCCCAGGAACGUGUGGUCAAUAUGCCAAGUGUUCUGUGGUAAACCAUAAUCCUUUCUGCUCAUGCCCGGAACUCUUUACAGGAAACCCGUUCGUUCUGUGUCAGCGAAUAAUAAAACGUGACCCAGAACCAACGAAUCCAUGUCAACCAUCACCAUGUGGACCAAACUCCGAAUGUCGCAACAUCAAUGGAUCGCCGUCAUGUUCGUGCUUAGAAAACUUCUUCGGAAGUCCACCUAACUGCAGACCAGAAUGUGUUACUAAUUCUGAGUGUCCAACGGCACAGGUUUGCCGUAACCAGCGAUGCAGAGAUCCUUGUCCUGGCUUGUGUGGUCAAAAUGCUGUUUGCCGAGUGAUUAGUCACACUCCAAUGUGUACCUGUGAAAUUGGCUUUACGGGUGAUCCGUUCGUACAAUGUAAUGUUGUGCGAGCUAGCCCACCAGAAAUUGUUGAUCCUUGCAAUCCAAGCCCUUGUGGGGCAUUUGCUGAAUGUCGUCAACAAAACGGUGUUGGCUCUUGCCAAUGCUUACCAGAAUAUUUUGGAAACCCUUACGAAGGAUGUCGCCCUGAGUGUGUUCUUAACUCCGAUUGCCCGUCCAACAAAGCUUGUCUUCAAAAUAAAUGUGGUGAUCCUUGUCCAGGAACUUGUGGACAGAAUGCCGAUUGUCAUGUGUUAAACCAUCUUCCAUCUUGUGCGUGCAGAAUUGGAUACACUGGAGAUCCAUACCGAUUCUGUGCAAUAGAAACCAAACCCGUCAUUAAAGAAUAUGUCAAUCCUUGCCAACCAUCACCAUGUGGUCCCAAUAGUCAAUGCAGGGAAGUGAACGGUCAAGGUGUCUGUUCAUGCCUCCCGAACUAUAUAGGUACUCCUCCAGGUUGUCGACCAGAGUGUACAAUUAGCUCUGAGUGUAGUCUUGACAAAGCGUGCGUGAACCAAAAGUGUGUAGAUCCAUGCCCAGGAACAUGCGGAACUAACGCCGAGUGUCGUGUUCAUAACCACAGUCCGUUGUGUUCGUGUAGAAACGGUUUCACUGGUGAUCCAUUCACCCGUUGUAACCCUAUACCACCACCUCCUCUAAUAGUUGUUCCUGAAAGAAUUCGAGAUCCUUGUCUGCCCUCACCUUGUGGUCCCAACUCACAAUGUCGCAACUUGAACGGACAAGCAUCGUGCUCUUGUCUGCCAAACUUCUUUGGAGCUCCACCAAAUUGCCGUCCAGAAUGUUCAUCGAACGCUGAAUGUGCCAGUAAUUUGGCUUGUAUAAACAACCGCUGCAUUGACCCAUGUCCAGGUUCUUGUGGUUUGAGUGCACAGUGCUCAGUUAUCAAUCACACACCUAUUUGCUCAUGCCUACAAGGUUAUGUAGGAAAUCCGUUUACAUCCUGUCAAAUCGCCCCGAAACCGGAACCUCCAGUUUUGGAUGACCCUUGCAACCCAUCACCAUGCGGUAGCAAUGCUAUCUGUAACAACGGUCAAUGUACUUGCAUUGCUGAAUAUCAAGGCGACCCUUAUGUUGGGUGCCGCCCGGAAUGUGUUCUAAGUACAGAAUGUCCUUCAGACAAGGCGUGCAUUCGAAAUAAAUGCACGGAUCCUUGUCCAGGAACUUGUGGACUUAGCGCAAUAUGUGAAGUUAUCAACCACAUUCCGAUGUGUAGAUGUCCGGAAAAUAUGAAUGGAAAUGCUUUUGUGCAGUGUAAUCCGGUUCAACGUGAACCAGAAGUCCAACACCCCUGCAAUCCAAGUCCAUGCGGUCCCAACUCACGCUGUCGGGAGUUCCAGGGCAAUGCAGUUUGCUCUUGCAUUGAAGGAUUCAUUGGAAAUCCUCCAACGUGUAGACCUGAAUGUACUAGGAACUCUGACUGUUCGCUUUCAAUGGCUUGUCAAAACCAGAAAUGUAUUGAUCCUUGUCCUGGAACUUGUGGACUAGGAGCUAAGUGCACAGUUGUUAAUCACAAUCCAUUCUGCACCUGUCCUACGGGAUUCACAGGAAGUCCAUUUAUACGCUGUCAACAAGUAAUAGCACCAGUGCGAGAUGAACCUAAAAAUCCAUGCCAACCAUCACCUUGUGGACCGAACUCUCAAUGCAAGGCAGUUGGAGAUUCUCCAUCGUGCUCAUGCCUCCCGGAGUUCAUUGGAUCACCGCCCAACUGUCGACCAGAAUGUAUCACCAACUCCGAGUGUGCUAGCAACAAGGCUUGUCUCAGUCAGAAAUGCAAAGAUCCUUGUCCAGGACUCUGUGGAAUCAAUGCGGAAUGUCGAGUCAUCAGUCAUACGGCCAUGUGUAUAUGUGCAGAAGGAUUCACUGGAGAUCCGUUUAGUGGAUGUUCGCCUAAGCCACCACUUGCAGAUGAAACAAGACCAUGUGAUCCAAAUCCAUGUGGAAUCAAUGCCGAAUGCAGAGAGGUCAACAAUGCUGGAUCGUGUCAAUGUCUUCCUGAAUACUUCGGAAACCCUUACGAGGGAUGCCGUCCUGAAUGUAUUCAAAGCUCUGAUUGUCCUUCGAAUAGAGCUUGUGUUAACCAAAAAUGCAAAGACCCUUGCCCUGGAGUUUGCGGUCAAAAUGCUAUUUGCAAUGUCAUCAAUCACUUGCCUACCUGUGAUUGCUUGUCAGGAUAUACAGGCAAUCCAUAUCGCUUCUGUUCCAUUCCAGAGAAACCGAUCAUCAAAGAGUAUGUUAACCCGUGUCAACCAACGCCAUGUGGACCGAACUCUCAAUGCCGUGAAGUUAAUGAACAAGCUGUUUGCUCAUGCUUGCCUGACUUCAUUGGAAGUCCGCCAGCAUGUCGACCAGAAUGUACAACAAAUUCGGAAUGUCCCUUGGACAAGGCUUGCAAGAACCAAAAAUGUGAAGAUCCUUGUCCAGGAGUUUGUGGAACUAAUGCCGAGUGCAGAGUACGAAAUCAUUCACCUUUGUGCAGUUGUAUAAACGGCUACACAGGGGAUGCAUUCACAAGAUGCUACCCCAUACCUCCUCCUCCACCACCAAAACGCGAUGAAUAUCGAAACCCUUGUGUACCUUCGCCGUGCGGACAUUUUGCAGAAUGCCGUGAUAUCAAUGGCAGUCCGUCAUGUUCAUGUCUUCCAACUUAUCUAGGUUCGCCACCAAAUUGUCGCCCCGAAUGUGUCGUCAAUUCAGAGUGUCCAAGUAAUAAGGCUUGUAUUUCACAAAAGUGCACCGAUCCUUGUCCUGGAUCUUGUGGCUUCAAUGCCGAAUGUAGUGUCAUAAAUCAUACUCCUAUCUGUCAAUGUACACGAGGUUUCACCGGUGAUCCAUUUACAUCCUGCCACCUGAUACCUGCAGAUCCUAUAACACCGGAGCCAACUGACCCAUGUAAUCCGUCACCUUGUGGAGCAAAUGCUGUUUGCUUGAACGGCCAGUGCUCUUGUAUACCAGAGUACCAGGGAGAUCCUUACCUCGGUUGCCGUCCAGAAUGCGUUUUGAACUCAGAUUGCCCAAAAGAUAAAUCAUGCAUCAGGAGCAAGUGCACAGACCCAUGUCCGGGCACUUGUGGAGCAAAUGCCAUCUGUGAAGUGUUUAAUCACAUUCCAAUGUGUCAUUGCCCUGAAGGAAUGAGCGGAAACGCUUUUGUUCAAUGCUCUCCCAUACCACAACUAGUUAGACAAAAUCCUUGCCAACCAUCACCAUGCGGUCCAAACAGUCAAUGUCAAGAAAUCAAUGAACAAGCAGUAUGCUCAUGUUUGCCAGACUAUAUCGGUAGUCCACCUCAAUGUCGUCCAGAAUGCAUCUCAAACUCAGAGUGUGCUCUUAACAGAGCUUGCCUUCAAAACAAAUGCAAGGAUCCAUGUCCGGGAUCCUGUGGAGUAAAUGCCGAAUGUUCGGUGGUCAACCAUAAUCCAAUUUGUCGCUGUAGAAGUCGGUUUACUGGAAACCCAUUAGCAGCUUGUCAUCCAAUACCAAUUGAACAACCACAAGAAGAUUUCAAAGAUCCAUGUCGUCCCAACCCAUGUGGACCCAACUCAGAAUGCCGUCCUAAUGGUCAGUCUCCAUCCUGCUCCUGUCUGUCCCAGUUUAUAGGUUCUCCUCCUAAUUGCCGACCUGAAUGCGUUGUUAAUUCGGAGUGUCAAAGCUCUAAGGCUUGCAUUGGACAAAAAUGCAAGGAUCCAUGUCCAGGAGUGUGUGGAAGCAACGCUGAAUGUCAUGUGAUAAAUCACACUCCAAUGUGUGUAUGUAGCGCAGGCUUCAGUGGUGAUCCAUUCACAUUCUGUGACACUGUUCGUCAAGAUCCCCCGGAAAUCAUUAGCCCAUGUGAACCUAGUCCAUGUGGAGCUAAUGCCCAAUGUACGGAAAGAAAUGGAGCUGGAGCAUGUCAAUGUUUACCAGAAUUCCUUGGAAAUCCGUAUGAAGGAUGUCGCCCAGAAUGUGUUGUUAACUCAGACUGUCCAUCAACAAAAUCUUGUAUUCAAAGCAAAUGCAAGGACCCAUGCCCUGGAACUUGUGGCCAAAACGCUGACUGUAACGUUGUCAACCACCUGCCGUCAUGUACAUGUAUUCCCAACUUUAGUGGCGAUCCAUACCGAUUCUGUAGCCCAAUAAAAGAACCCGUUAGAGAAUAUGUCAAUCCAUGCCAGCCUUCACCUUGUGGCCCUAACAGCCAGUGCCGCGAGGUGCAAAAUCAAGCUGUAUGUUCGUGCCUUCCAACUUAUGUCGGAAGCCCACCUGCUUGCAGGCCCGAAUGUACAACUAGUUCAGAAUGCGCUUUCGACAAAGCAUGCAUAAAUCGCAAAUGCACCGAUCCAUGCCCGGGCUCAUGUGGACAAAACGCCGAAUGUCAAGUUAGAAAUCACAGUCCCUUAUGCUCGUGUCGAAACGGAUUCACAGGAGAUCCAUUCACAAGAUGCUUCCCGAAUCCACCGCCUCCACCAAUCAGGGAUGUUCAACCGUACCGCGAUCCGUGUGUGCCAUCGCCAUGCGGUGCGAACGCACAGUGUCAAACUAUCAACGAUCAGCCAUCUUGUUCUUGUCUUCAGUCAUACUUCGGUUCUCCACCCAACUGUCGUCCGGAAUGUGUCAUCAAUGCCGAUUGCCAAUCAAGUAUGGCAUGUGUUCGCGAGAGAUGCAUCGAUCCUUGUCCAGGUUCAUGUGGAAACUUUGCCCUUUGCAGUGUUAUUAACCACACACCGAUAUGUACGUGCCCAGUCGGUUAUACUGGCGAUCCUUUCACCAACUGCGUUAUUAAACCUCCGACUCCAAAGCCUCCAGUUCUUGAUGACCCUUGUAACCCAUCGCCCUGUGGCGCUAACGCUCAAUGCUCUAAUGGCCAAUGUACUUGCUUACCAGAAUAUCAUGGUGAUCCUUAUUCCGGUUGUCGUCCAGAGUGUGUCCUUAAUUCCGAUUGUUCUCGCGAUAAGGCUUGCAUCAGAAGCAAGUGUGUCGAUCCAUGCCCAGGUACAUGUGGCCUCAGUGCCAUUUGUGAAGUCAACAAUCACAUACCCAUGUGUAGGUGUCCAGAUGGAAUGACUGGCAGCGCUUUCACUCAAUGUUUGCCAAUCCCAGCUCCACCUCCUGGUAACCCAUGUCAACCAUCUCCUUGUGGACCGAACAGCCAAUGCCGCGAGGUCAACCAACAGGCCGUUUGCUCAUGUGUCCCCGGAUACAUUGGGCGUCCACCAUCGUGUCAUCCAGAGUGUUCCAUUAAUUCCGAUUGUCCAUUGAACCAAGCGUGUCAAAAUCAGAAAUGUCGUGAUCCAUGCCCAGGCACAUGUGGCCUUAAUGCCCUUUGCAACGUUGUCAAUCACAAUCCAUUCUGCUCGUGUUUGAAUGGUUAUUCAGGAAAUCCAUUUACCAGCUGCCAACGUCUACCACAACCUCCUAUUCAGCGUGAACCGACAAACCCGUGUAUUCCAAGUCCUUGUGGACCGAAUUCACAAUGUGAACAAAGAGGUGAAUCACCUUCUUGUUCAUGUCUACCAAGUUUCAUCGGAAGCCCACCAAACUGUAGGCCGGAGUGUAUAUCAUCAUCGGAAUGUUCCAGCAAUUUGGCAUGCAUCAAACAAAAGUGUACAGAUCCAUGUCCGGGCCUGUGUGGACAGAACGCCCUUUGCCAAGUUGUCAGUCAUACACCAUCAUGUGUUUGUUUAGAAGGCUUCGAAGGAAAUCCAUUUACACAAUGUAGUCCACGCAAACCUCAAUUAAAUGAAGAAAUCAAUCCGUGCAAUCCAAGUCCUUGCGGAGCAAAUGCCCGAUGCGAAGACCGAGGAGGAGCUGGAUCAUGCCAGUGUUUGCCUGAAUACUUCGGAAAUCCCUACGAAGGUUGUCGACCAGAAUGUGUUCUAAACUCUGACUGUCCGUCCAACUUAGCUUGUGUGAAUCAAAAGUGUAGAGAUCCAUGUCCUGGUACUUGCGGCCAGAAUGCCAGGUGUAAUGUUAUAAAUCACUUGCCAACGUGCAGCUGCUUCGACGGAUAUUCAGGAGAUCCUUACCGCUAUUGUUCAGUUCCAGCAGAACCUGUUAAAGAAUAUAAGAACCCUUGUGCACCAUCACCUUGUGGCCCUAAUAGUCAAUGUAAGACAGUAGGCGAACAAGCUGUAUGUUCUUGCCUGGCAAAUUAUAUUGGUAGUCCGCCUACUUGUCGACCCGAAUGUACCUCCAACAACGAAUGUCCCCAGGACCGGUCCUGUAUUAACCAAAAAUGUGGUGAUCCUUGUCCUGGUACAUGCGGUACCAACGCCGAGUGUCGGGUGUGGAAUCAUAGUCCGUUGUGCUCGUGUCGCGCUGGUUUCACCGGCGAUGCUUUCACACGUUGCUAUGCCAUUCCACCUCCUCCACCACAACAGGAACCAUAUCACGAUCCAUGUGUCCCAUCACCUUGCGGACAAUUUGCAGAAUGUCGAAAUCUAAACAACCUAGCCUCUUGUUCAUGCCUUCCAACCUUCAUUGGUCAACCACCCAAUUGUAGGCCGGAAUGUACAUUGAACUCUGAUUGCCCAAGCGAUCAGGCUUGUUUGCAGGAGAAAUGUAGAGAUCCUUGUCCGGGAUCUUGUGGUUUUAAUGCUAUUUGUAAUGUUCGUAACCAUGUUCCGAUGUGUACAUGUCCAACAGGCUACGAGGGUAAUCCCUUCGAAGCCUGUUCGCCAGCACCACCACCAAAACCACCACUUGCUGAAGACCCUUGCAAUCCAUCGCCAUGCGGGCCAAAUGCUAUCUGCAAUAACGGCCAGUGUACCUGCAUAUCAGAAUAUCACGGAGAUCCUUACGUCGAAUGUCGCCCCGAGUGCGUUCUUAACUCGGAAUGUCCUCGGGAUAAGGCAUGCAUCCGAAAUAAGUGUGUCGAUCCUUGUCCGGGAACAUGUGGCUUAAAUGCCAUCUGCGAAGUCAAUAACCAUAUCCCGAUGUGUCAUUGUCCAGUUGAGAUGACUGGCAAUGCAUUUAUUCAGUGUUUGCCAACUCCAAGUAAAUCAGACUCAGACUCAAAGUUAGGUAUCCCUGAAAAUAACCUCAAACCCUUUUUUGCAGAGCCCGUCAUUGAAAAUCCAUGUAAUCCCUCACCGUGUGGUCCCAAUAGCCAAUGUCGCGAUGUCAACCAUCAUGCUAUUUGCUCGUGCCUGCCGCAAUUCAUAGGUUCACCACCGGGCUGUAGACCAGAAUGUGUUACCAACUCUGAAUGUCCUGCUAAUCGCGCUUGUAUCAAUCAAAAGUGCCAAGAUCCAUGUCCAGGUGUUUGUGGACGCAAUGCAUUGUGUAGCGUGAUCAAUCACAAUCCACAUUGCUCGUGUCCUUCCGGUUACACUGGAAGUCCGUUUAUUGCUUGUGAAAUAAGAGUUGAACCACCAAUCGUCAAGAAUGAUCCUGAUCCAUGCUAUCCAUCACCAUGUGGACCAAAUUCAAAGUGUGUUAACUCCAAUGGAAGCCCGUCGUGCUCUUGUCUUCCCGAAUUCAUCGGUGCUCCACCUCAAUGUCGCCCAGAAUGCUUAUCGAACUCAGAGUGCUCAAGUGAUAAGGCUUGCAUUCGCCAGAAGUGCGUUGAUCCGUGCCCUGGCUUAUGCGGUCUUAAUGCUGAGUGUAGAACAUUCAAUCACGUACCCAAUUGCGUUUGCUCGUCUGGUUUUAUCGGUGAUCCGUUUACCAGAUGUGAUGCGGUACAGGAACCUAUUCGAGAUCAAGUCGAACCCUGUCAUCCGAAUCCAUGUGGUAGCAACGCCGAAUGCCGACAACAUGGCUCAAUUGGGUCCUGUGUUUGUUUACCGGAUUACUUCGGUAAUCCUUAUGAAGGAUGUCGUCCAGAAUGUGUCCUUAAUUCAGAUUGUCCAUCGAACAAGGCAUGCGUUCAACAGAAGUGUGUUGACCCAUGCCCUGGAACUUGUGGCCAAAACGCUGAAUGCCAUGUUAUAAAUCAUUUACCAUCAUGUACCUGUUACCAGGAUUACACUGGUAAUCCUUUCAGAUUCUGUUCUCCAAUACCAAAACCUAUUCAAGAAUAUGUGAAUCCUUGUGUCCCGUCGCCUUGUGGAGCGAAUAGCCAGUGCCGCGAAGUCAAUCAACAGGCAGUUUGUUCUUGCUUGCCAGAAUUUAUAGGCAGUCCACCAUCAUGUAGGCCAGAAUGUGUCCUAAAUACCGAAUGCCCUCUCGACAAAGCUUGUAUAAAUCAAAAAUGUGCUGAUCCAUGUCCAGGAGUAUGCGGACAAAACGCCGAAUGCCGAGUUCACAAUCAUAAUCCAAUAUGUUCCUGUCGAUCAGAUUAUACUGGAGAUGCAUUUACAAGAUGUUAUCCUAUUCCACCACCCUUGGACCCGUUACCUGAACCUGUUCGUGAUCCUUGCAUACCGUCGCCAUGUGGACAAUUUGCGCAGUGUCGUAACUUGAACAAUGUUCCGUCUUGUUCUUGUUUACCAAGCUACCAAGGAACCCCACCAAAUUGCCGUCCGGAAUGUAGUGUUCAUUCUGACUGUCCCACAAACUUGGCUUGUAUAAACGAAAAGUGUCGUGAUCCAUGUCCUGGAUCAUGCGGUAUAUCUGCAAUAUGUAAUGUUCUCAAUCAUGUUCCGAAUUGUGUUUGCGCAACCGGCUACACUGGAGAUCCAUUCACAGCCUGCAGACCUAUACCAAUUCAACGUGAGCCUCCAGAUCCAACAGACCCAUGCAAUCCAUCACCAUGCGGUGCCAAUGCCAACUGCAACAACGGAAUUUGUACUUGCAUCCCCGAAUAUCGUGGAGAUCCUUACUCCGGAUGUCGACCUGAGUGUGUUCUUAACUCAGAUUGUCCUCGCGACAGAGCUUGCAUGCGAAGCAAGUGUGAAGAUCCUUGCCCUGGUACUUGUGGCACGAACGCCCAAUGUACGGUACAAAACCACAUACCAAUGUGUUCUUGUCCAGAGGGAAUGACCGGAAGUGCAUUCAUACAAUGUGACAAAAUACCUGCACCAGUUGUUACCAAUCCAUGUUAUCCAUCACCAUGUGGUCCGAACAGUCAAUGCCGCGAAAUCAACCAACAAGCUAUAUGCUCAUGUGUACCUGGCUUCUUCGGUACGCCACCAUCUUGUCGUCCAGAAUGUUCAACCAACUCCGACUGCCCAUUGGACAAAUUCUGUUUGAAUCAAAAAUGCAAAGACCCUUGUCCUGGAACAUGUGGUAUGCGAGCAGAAUGCAUCGUCCGCAACCACAAUCCGAUAUGCAGUUGUCCACCAAGGCAUACCGGAAAUCCGUUUACAGUCUGCCAACCCAUAAGUAAAUCAUUUACCUACUUCUUCCCCGAUCCCUAUUUUACAAUAUCUAUUUUAGUUGAACAACCAGCUCGCGAACCACCAACUCCUCGAGAUCCAUGCAACCCUUCACCUUGCGGUUUCAAUGCCAAGUGUGAAGCUCAGAACGAUGACUACAAGUGCACUUGUCUACCAGAAUUCAUAGGUGCACCACCAAAUUGCCGUCCAGAGUGUGUUACCAAUGCCGAAUGCCCCUCAAACAAGGCAUGCAUUCAGCAAAAAUGUGCCGACCCAUGUCCUGGAUCUUGCGGCUCUCAAGCCGAAUGCAAAGUGAUAAGUCACAGCGCUAUGUGCUAUUGUCCUCAAGGAAUGACAGGUGAUCCAUUUGCUGCAUGUGUCCGUCAGAGAGACCCACCAACAGAGGUUGCUGUGCCAUGCAGUCCAUCACCCUGCGGGCCUAAUGCAAUUUGUAGGCCAAGAAACGGCAUCAGUCAUUGCCAGUGUUUGCCAGAUUACUUUGGCAAUCCCUACGAUGUCUGUCGUCCUGAAUGUACCAGGAAUUCCGAUUGCCCAGCUGAUAGAAUUUGCGAGAGUAAUAAGUGUAGAGAUCCUUGUCCAGGUACAUGUGGUCAAAAUGCUUAUUGUCGUGUCGUGAAUCAUGUUCCAAAUUGUGAAUGUGACUUUGGAUAUAUCGGAAAUCCCUACAUUGUUUGUAGGAGACCACCUCCUGAACAAAUAAUCACGCAAUACGUAAAUCCUUGUCAACCAUCACCGUGUGGACCGAAUAGUCAAUGUCGCGAAGUAAACCAACAAGCUAUUUGCGCAUGCCUAGCCGAUUAUGUUGGAAGUCCGCCACUUUGCCGUCCAGAAUGCGUCGUCAGUUCUGAGUGUCCAACUGACAAGGCUUGCAUUAACCAAAAAUGCGCCGAUCCAUGCCCUGGAUCAUGUGGUAUCAACGCCGAUUGCCAUGUUCGUCAACACAGUCCAAUAUGUUCAUGCAAAACGGGCUUUACUGGGGAAGCCUUCACUAGAUGCUACCCAAUACCACCCCCUCCUAAGGAACCUAUUCGAGUUAUAAACGUGUGCAGUCCUUCACCAUGUGGACCAUAUUCUCACUGCCGGGAGAUCAACAAUUCACCAUCGUGUACAUGUCUUCCAAACUACAUCGGAUCACCGCCAUAUUGCCGUCCAGAGUGUACCAUUCACUCAGAGUGCCCCAGCAACUUGGCGUGCAUGAACGAAAAGUGCCGUGAUCCAUGUCCAGGAUCGUGUGGAUUCGACGCCAUUUGCAAUGUCAUAAAUCACACGCCAAGCUGUUCAUGUCCAGAAGGUUAUAUUGGAAAUCCAUUCACGAGUUGUCGUCGUGCUCCGCCACCACCAACAGUUAUUUUGAAAACACCAGUCGAUCCAUGCAACCCAUCGCCAUGCGGUUCGAAUACCGUUUGCAACGAUGGACAGUGCUCUUGUAUUCCCGAGUAUCACGGUAAUCCGGCUAUUGGAUGCCGUCCAGAGUGUGUAUUGAAUAGUGACUGUCCAAGAGAUCGUGCUUGUAUAAGAAACAAAUGCGCUGAUCCUUGUCCAGGCACGUGUGGAAGAAACGCUCUAUGCGAGGUGAACAACCACAUUCCAAUGUGUAGAUGCCCUGAGAAAAUGACCGGUAACGCAUUUGUUUCAUGUGAACCGGUUAAAGAUGAAAUCCCAAGAAACCCUUGCCAACCAUCACCGUGCGGACCGAAUAGUCAGUGCAUAGAGCGAAAUGGCAAUGCCAUUUGCUCUUGUGUUACUGGCUACUUUGGAAGCCCGCCUAAUUGUCGCCUUGAAUGUUACACCAGUUCAGAUUGUAGCCAAACUACAGCUUGUAUCAAUAACAGAUGUGUUGAUCCAUGCCCAGGUCAAUGUGGUUUAUAUGCUAUAUGCCAGGUUGUGCAACACAGAGCACAUUGUGAGUGUUCUCCUGGCUAUGUGGGUAACGCUUACACCCUUUGCAAGAAAAUAGAAUACCGCCAACCUCUGCCACCACCUCGCGAGGUAAAUCCAUGCCUUCCAUCACCUUGUGGCCUCUAUUCCGAGUGUCGCAACGAUAACGGUCAGGCUAGAUGCACCUGUUUAUCCGAAUAUGUCGGGCAACCACCCAACUGUCGCCCAGAAUGUAGCAGUAACGACGAUUGUUCCAAUAACUUAGCAUGCAUAAAUCAAAAGUGCCGCGAUCCUUGUCCUGGAUCGUGUGGAUUGAACGCCGAAUGUAUAGUCACGCUACACAUACCGCAUUGUGUGUGUCUAGCGGGACUUACUGGCGAUCCAUUCUAUCGUUGCACAGAUAUACCAAAACCACCACCAACUCCAAAGGAACCUAAGAAUCCAUGCUACCCAUCACCGUGUGGAAUCAACUCUGAAUGUCAAGUCAGAGGUGAUAGUUUCACUUGCGAGUGCGUAAACGACUACAUUGGCAAUCCCUACGAAGGAUGUCGGCCAGAAUGUGUUGGAAAUUCGGAAUGUUCCGCCAAUAGAGCAUGCAUACGAUACAAGUGUGCUGAUCCUUGUCCAGGAACCUGCGGAAUAGAAGCAAUCUGUACAAUUCAUAACCAUAUACCAGUGUGCUCUUGCCCAGCUGGAAUGACUGGUGAUGCCUUCAGACAAUGUACGCCAGUUGUUCGUAACGAAGAACCACAAAAGUCCAGUGAUCCAUGCUAUCCAAGUCCAUGUGGAGCGAACUCCAUUUGCAAGACUGUCCGAGGAAAUGCUGUUUGCGAGUGCUUGCCUGGUUACUUUGGAAACCCAAUAGGACAAGGAUGCCGCCCAGAAUGUACACUCAGCUCUGAUUGUGCGAAGAAUCUGGCUUGUGUGAACUCGAAGUGUGUCGAUCCAUGUCCAGGAGUUUGUGGCUACGGGGCACAAUGUCAAGUGGUCAAUCACAAUCCAAUAUGUUCGUGCCCGAGCUUGAUGAUUGGUAAUCCAUUUGUCGAAUGUCACACACCUACUGUAAAGGAACCAGUCGAUCCAUGCAAUCCAUCACCAUGCCGAAGCAAUGGAAACUGUCGAGUGAUCAACGGAGCUGCAACAUGCACAUACCCCGAAUGCGUGACCAACGAAGAAUGUCCAAGAGAUCGAGCAUGCGUCAAUCAGAAAUGCCGAGAUCCUUGCAUAAACGCUUGCGGAGUCAAUGCUAUAUGCAGUGUCAUCAACCAUAAGGCACUUUGUACUUGUCCAACUGGUUAUUAUGGAUCUCCAUACAAUCAGUGCACACCACAAAUGGACGUCGUUGUUGUGCCACAACCAGAAUGCACAUCGGACAAUGACUGCUCCAAUGACAAGGCAUGCAUCAACCAGGAAUGUAAGAAUCCUUGUGAACAGGCAAACAUCUGCGGACAAAACGCCAAGUGUCACGUCCAGCUGCAUCGUCCUCUAUGCGUCUGCAACGAGGGAUUCACUGGAAACGCUCAGACAUUCUGCCACGUAGUUGGAUGUCGAUCAGAUGAUGAAUGUCCUGCGAACGAGGCUUGCAUCAACAAAAAAUGUACCGAUCCUUGUCUGUACACACAGUGCGGAACAUUGGCUACUUGCAGGGCCGACUACAAUCACAAGGCCCGUUGCUAUUGCCCUGAAGGAUACCGCGGUAACCCUCAAGUUCAAUGCGUGAGACCAGAAUGUACUCGUGACGAUGAUUGCGCCUUCCAUUUGGCCUGCCUCAACGAACGCUGUGAAGAUCCAUGCAAUUGCGGUGCUGGCGCUCAAUGCCGAGUUGACAAUCAUCGUGCUCUGUGUAGAUGUCCCCCGGGAUACAGCGGAGACCCAACACAACAAUGCAAGAUCGUUAUACAAAAGGAAACACCUCAAUGCACCGUGGAUGCCGAUUGUCCAAGCAAGUACGCUUGCUUCUCUGGAGAAUGUAAGAACCCAUGUUUGGUAACCAAACCUUGUGGAACUAACGCCAUAUGCUCGGUUGUGGAUACGCUUCCACUGCGCACCAUGAUGUGUCAAUGUGAACCAGGAUACAUUGGUGAUGCCGAUGUUGGAUGUCGCAAAGAACCACAAAAAGAUCAGGGUUGUAGAUCACAUGAAGACUGUGCCGAUACGGAAGCUUGUCGAAAUGGAGAUUGUAUGAAUCCAUGUCUGGAUGGCACGCCAUGUGCCAGGACUGCUGAAUGCUUAGCGCAAAAACAUCGUGCUGUGUGCUCAUGCCCCAGUGGUUUAUUGGGAGAUCCGUUCGUAAAUUGCUAUGAGGAACCGAAGACAGUUGUUGCCGGUUGUACUCAUGAUUCGGAUUGUGCUCCAUCGACAGCAUGUAUCAACAGACGUUGUCAAGAUCCAUGUGCAGAGGGUAACCCAUGUGCAGGAAACGCUGAAUGCCGAGUGUCCAACUACAGACCGCUGUGCUUCUGUCCAGCGGGAUGGGUUGGAGAUCCACAAGUUCAGUGUUAUAAACCUGAAUGUAAGACAAACUCAGAAUGUCCCUAUGACAAGGCAUGCAUCAAUGAAAACUGUGUCAAUCCAUGCACUUUCGGUUCUGUUCGAUGUGGAAGUGGCGCCCAAUGCCAGCCUCAAAAUCAUCAAGCUGUUUGCGUGUGUCCAGCAGGAACUCAGGGUAAUCCCUUCGUUUCUUGUAUUGCUGGUCACUGUCAGUACAAUGAAGAUUGUGCCGAUCAUGAAGCCUGCGACCGUUUGAACCGCGUGUGUAGACCUGUUUGCGACGAUGAUACAUGUGCCGUAAAUGCCAUUUGUACUGGACGCCGACAUCAACCACAAUGUGUAUGCCGCCAAGGAAUGACUGGAGAUCCGUUUGUGGAAUGCGUGGGCUUCACAGAACCACCAAGGCCCAAACCAGAGUGCGAAGUGGAUUCUGAUUGUCCAACUCAGGUGGCCUGCAUGAACAAUCGCUGUGCCAAUCCAUGCGCCGUGCCAAAUGUGUGUACACCGCAACAAACUUGCACCGUGCUCGAUACACUUCCAUUAAGAACCAUGAUUUGCAAAUGUCCAAGCGAUAUGGUCACAGACAACUCAAGGAAUUGUGUGCCAAUUAAACACGAUGUCAUCUCAGGAUGUCAAGUUAACGAAGAAUGUGCUAACUCUGAGGUCUGCCAACAAGGACACUGUAUUGAAGCUUGUCGUCUAGAUCGUUGUGGUUUGAACGCCCAAUGUAGAUCCAAGGAUCACUAUGCACAGUGUACUUGUCCAAUUGGCUACGAAGGCAAUCCAAGAGUUGAAUGUAAUCCAAUCGAUGGUAAGACUCCAAUAAGAAUUCCAAGUGCAGAAUGCUACCGAAAUGAAGAUUGCUCAAGUGAUCAGAAAUGCCGCAACGAACGCUGCAUCAAUCCAUGUUCCGAAGAUCCGUGCGGACGUGGAGCCUACUGCCAUGUAGAGAAUCGCAUAGCAAUUUGCAGAUGUCCUCCAGGAUAUAACGGUGACGCUAGAGUUGCUUGUAUACCACCAACGGAUGUGUCAACAAUUGGCUGCAAGUCCAACUCUGACUGUUCAGCCAGCGAAUCAUGUGUCAAUGAACAAUGUAUCAAUCCAUGCAACUGUGGAAACAAUGCCGAAUGUAUAGUGAGAAACCACCAUCCUGUGUGCUACUGCAAGGCUGGCUUCUCUGGAAACGCUCAAUACGGUUGUGUACAGAUCGGAUGCUCAUCCGAUGACGAAUGCUCGCUCGACAAACAAUGUAUGAAUAGAGAAUGUGUCAACCCAUGCCUGCUAUCUGAUCCUUGCGCCUUGAACGCUGAAUGCUUCGGAAGGAAUCAUCGUGCUACAUGCAGAUGCCCACAAGGACUCGAAGGAGAUCCAUUCACAAGAUGUCUUCGCGUUGAAUGCCGCUCUGAUUAUGAUUGCUCGUCGAACCAAGCUUGUGUUGCAAAUCAAUGUAUCAAUCCUUGUUUGGACAGCCCAUGUGCCCAAAAUGCCAUCUGUAAUGCCAUAAACCAUGCUGCUGUCUGCAGAUGUCCUGAGACAGCACCACUUGGAAAUCCAUUCUCAUACUGUGAGCGAAGAGUAGUUGAACCACAAUGUGUCAAUGACGCAGACUGUCCAAGUCGCUUGGCUUGCAUCGACAACAAGUGCAAGAAUCCAUGCAUUGAACUUUCACCUUGCGCCAGUUCGGCUAGGUGUAGUGUACUUGACAGUGUACCAGUAAGAACAAUGGUUUGCGUCUGUCCAGAAUCACAUGUGCCAGACGCUCGGGGAGAAUGUAAGCCAAUCAUAUUGCAAACACCUCCGGGAUGCACAGCAGAUAGCGAUUGUCUUGACAAUGAAGCUUGCGUCAAUCGUCAAUGCCGUAACCCAUGCAAUUGCGGAACGAAUGCCAUCUGCAACGUACAGAAUCACCGAGCUAUAUGCUCGUGCCAGGAUGGCUUCGAUGGAAAUCCAUAUGCAACAUGUAGAAGCAUUGGUUGCCGUGUUAAUGGCGAAUGCGAUUCCGGCAAAGCAUGCAUCAACGGAAACUGCGUUAGUCCUUGCUUGGUCAAUGAUCCAUGCGGAAUUAAUGCUGAAUGCUAUGUUCAAGGAAAUGAAGCUUUAUGUCGCUGCAACUCAGGAUACCGAGGAAACGCAUACGAACGCUGUCGCGUUAUUGGUUGUCGAACCAACAGCGAUUGCCCAUCGGACAAGAAUUGUAUCAACGAACAAUGUGUCAAUCCAUGUAUUUAUGAUAAUCCAUGCUCCUCAAGGGCCGAAUGUAAGCCACAGAACCACAUCGCUAUCUGUCGCUGCCCAAGCGGAUUUAUGGGAAAUCCCUACAUCGAUUGUCAACCUGAUGUCACUCCAGAAUGCACAUUCGACACAGAUUGCCCAUCGAGAUUGGCCUGCAUCAACAACGAAUGCCAGGAUCCAUGCUCUGUUCUUGAGCCAUGCAACAGACCCGCCAGGUGCGAAGUCACACCAACAUCACCCGUGAGAACAAUGAUUUGUAUAUGCCCAGAUGGAUACAUCAGCUCAGGAAGUGGAACAUGCAAGCCCACAAAGGCUGUUAUCACACUAACAGGCGGUUGUAUUUCCGAUCCAGAUUGUCCAGCGGACAAGUCUUGCAUUAGUGGAGUCUGUAGAGAUCCAUGCAGGUGCGGACUAAAUGCCGAGUGCCGCAUCAAGGACCACAAACCAGUUUGUACGUGUCGCCAAGGCUUCGAGGGUAAUCCAGAGUUUGAAUGUUCAAAGGUCGAAUGUUUCUCAGACAGUGCUUGUCCAUCAACGCACAGCUGUAUGAACGGUUUGUGCAUACCAGCUUGUCAAGAAAAACAAUGCGGAAAGAACUCCGAGUGUAUAGCAGUCAAUCACAGAGGAAUAUGUGAGUGUGCCCCAGGAUUUGGAGGAAAUCCACGAUUUGCAUGUGUACCAGUUGGAUGUCGCACAGACACCGAAUGUCCUAGCGACAAGGCUUGUGUGAAUAACAAAUGCCAGAAUCCAUGUGACACAACAGCUGUAUGCGCAAUUGACCAAAUUUGCAAAGUCUACCAGCACCGACCACAAUGUGCCUGUCCACCAGGAACAAUUUCACGAAAGAACGGUUGCGUUAUUGAACGAUCGGACUUGUGUGUCUUCGAUGCAGAAUGUCCAACUCAAACGGCUUGCAUAGGAGGAGAAUGUGUUAAUCCAUGUAAUGCCACAACACCAUGCGGAGUCAAUGCCAACUGUCGAGUCUUAGACACAGUUCCAGUGAGAACAAUGAUUUGCGAAUGCCUGGAAGGAUACACCGGAAAUGCAGCAGUUCAGUGUGACAAACGAUCCCUCUGCGUUAUUGAGAAGGGCUUCGUGAGAGACAUAAACGGACAGUGUAUCUGUCCACCAGGAUCUGCACUUGACGUAUACGAAUACUGCACGCCAUGUGUGAUUGAAAAUGGCUUUAAGAUUGACGAAACCGGACAUUGUAUGUGCGCACUCGAACGUGGAAUGGUCGUAGAUGAACGUGGACGUUGUAUCUGUCCUGUUGAACACGGCUACCGCCUGACAAAGAACGGAGAAUGCGUACCAACCAUUCAAGCUGAAUGUCAAACAGACGAAGAAUGCGCCGACAAUCGUUAUUGCAAUACAGAAACAAGAACCUGUGAAGACCCAUGCCUGACAAAGACUUGUGGAAUAAACGCUUUCUGUAACACCAUCAAUCAUAAGGCAAUUUGCCAAUGUAACGUUGGUUACACCGGAAACGCUGAUGAGUUCUGCAAUCAUACCAACUUCCGUACAGACUUCCCUCGCCCUGAGAUGAUCGUUAGCUGUUUAGCUGAUGGAGUUCAGGUGCAAAUACAUCUGCCUGAACCAGGUUUCAAUGGGGUUCUUUACGUUAAGGGACACAGCAAGGACGAGGACUGUCGACGAGUGGUUAACCUGUCGGGUGAAUCCGCUCCUCGAAACGAAAUAUUCAAGGUUCAUUUCGGAAGCUGUGGCUUAAUGCAUGUUAACGGAAUUGCCAGUUUUGUGUUGGUUAUCCAGAAACAUCCUAAACUUGUCACUUACAAGGCUCAGGCCUACAACAUUAAGUGUGUGUACCAAACCGGAGAGAAGAACGUAACACUUGGAUUCAAUGUUUCUAUGCUGACAACAGCUGGAACAAUUGCCAAUACAGGUCCACCACCAAUCUGUCAAAUGAGAAUCAUCACUCACAAUGGACAAGAGAUCAAUUCUGCAGAAAUCGGUGAUAAUCUGAUGCUGCAAGUUGAUGUCGAACCUUCAACCAUCUAUGGAGGUUUUGCACGAAGUUGCAUAGCCAAAACAAUGGAAGAUAAUGUCGAAAACGAAUAUAUUGUCACAGACGAAAAUGGAUGUGCUACAGAUCCAACGAUAUUCGGUGAAUGGGAGUACAAUCCCGACACGAAUAGCUUGUUGGCCAGCUUUAAUGCCUUCAAAUUCCCAUCGAGUGAUAAUAUACGCUUCCAAUGUAACAUACGAGUUUGCUUUGGCAAAUGUCAACCUGUCAAUUGUCGGGGCUAUAAUGCUUUCGGAAGGAGAAGACGUCGUGCCAUUGCUGAUAAUUCAACAUCAUCAACAGCAGUGUCGAGUACCAAUGGUGGUAUGGAAGGAACACUGCGUGAAGAAAUUACAAUUCAGUCCAAUGCCAUUUUGACAUUUGAAAAACGUGAAGGUGGUUCCAGUGAUUCAAGCAUCAAACCUGCUGCCCAGCGUGUAGAAGACAUUUGUGUCUCAAUGGUUGGUCUCAUCAUAGCUCUGGUGAUAACAGCGCUGUUAGCACUAGUUGCUGUUGCAGUAGCUGUGUCAUGCUGGUUAAUGGCAUACCGAAGACGACCGAAAUCAGUUGGUCCAUUGCCACAUCCGCCAGAGUUCCCAAAUCCCCUCUUUUCCAAUCCAGAGGCGAUACCAGAACCAACACCUGACUAUUUAUCGUAAGAAAAUUUAAUUUAUAACUAUAUAAAAAUUAGCAAAACAAAAACAAAAUUAGGUGCUUGCACUAAGUUUCAAAAACAAAUCAACCAAACGUAACAAACAAGAAACAAAAAGUUAAAAAAAAAAACAAGAAACUAGAUUUAAGUUUACAAAAAAUUGAUAUAUUGUAAAAAAAAUAAUGUGCAAAAAGACGCACCGUGUAUAUUUAAAAACGAAAAUCGAAUGCUUUAAUGAAAUGAUAAGAAGCAAUCUCAAAUGAAGAAAAGAAUGUGUCAAAGUUUCUGAAACUAACUAAAAGAAAAACUAACUUAGAUUAUUAAAAAUUAGAUUUUUUUGAUAAAUGAACAAAAUGUAUAAAAUAUUUAAUAUUUUUUGUGUAGCUUUAAAAAAUGGCUUUGCUUUUAUCACAAAAUUGUUGAUAAUACAUAAAUUGUAACAAUGCUAGGAUUAUAGGAAAAAAUACAAAUUAAUCCGGCUCGAACUACCAAUUUAGAUAAAAUCAAAAUCAUUUUAGGGAUAAAUCAAAUUCUAUUGAGAAGUCUUUGCUUUUAACUGCUCAUAAAAUGACAAUAAACAGAUGUGCCGAAUAAGUUAAACGAAAAUCAAACUGCCAAAGCCGUAUUAAAAAAAACAUUAUAGAAAAAUAUGGGCACCAAUGAACUUUGAAGCUAUAAAAUACCUUCUCAUAGAAAUUGAUAUUUAGCGACUUCUCCUCCGUUAGUCGAAAUUAUAGGAUAGAAUAUAAAACUUUUUUUAACAGAGCUAAGAAAAAUCACAAAUUAAAAUUGAAAAAG